UGCUAAUAUAAAAUAUGAAGAUAAUAAAAGUGUAGCAGCACCUAAAAGUGUACAAGCUCAUAAAACACCAUACAUAAAAUCCAAAAAAUAAAAAUAGGUGCGCUGUAUCUUUAAAUGUUAAAAAGUGCAAAUAGUGCAAUAAUAUGUGCAAAUAUUUUGUGCAAAAACAGAGUGUGUAUACAAUCACAUUCAAUGUGCAAAAUGCAAAUGUGAUAGUGUAAAAAUUCAAUAUCCAAGACAAAUAACUUAAGAGGGAAAUAUGUCUCAAAUUCUCCAAAUCACAUAAGAACAUAUGUAAAGAGAUAAAAAAUGGAGAAACAUAGUAUAAUAUUGUUUUACAUAAAUAUAAAGACCAGCAAAUAGAAUUAGGAAUAUCACUCACAAAUGAAGAGCAGUAAAAGCCUGCUCAAACUGAUCCAGCUUUGAAUCCAAAAACCAGGACUUCAAUGUUGGUGUAAAUAGGCAGGACACCAGCUUCCAAAAUUAAAAACAGCUUUAUUGAAAAUAAGUAGAAUCCACACUCUCCGUUUCCAUAUAGCAGCCAAAUAACCUUUUGCCAGUACUGUAUAGUGUAUAUCUACCAGUCCCUGGUGACUUUCGGUAUUACAGGCUUCACUUCCUGGAACUCGGAGUUUCGUCCGGUCACGUGAUGGCGUGAUGACGUGAUGACGCGUUUCGCCCAAUCGGCUUCCUCAGAUCACAUCCUGAUGUAGCUAGUCCUGCCUUUUAAAGCCCAUACAUGGGCGUGGUUUGUGUCAAUCAUUAUAGAAACUCCCCAUAAACUAAUUAGGGGUAGAUCUUGUAAAUGUCUAUAUUUAGAAAGUCCAUGACAUAUGAAACAACAAGAAAAACAAGUAUAGCAUAAAGCUAAUCUUCUAAUUAAAAGAUAACUCAUCCAAAUGACUCAUAGAACAGCAGUAGAUAAUAGUAAUAAUAAUAGCACAUAGAUACUUCUAGUUAGCGUCUUAAUAUAAUUCCACAAGAGGAAGAAUAUGUAUAUACAUAUAUAUACACACACACAAAGGGUCAUAUAUAUAUAUAUAUAUAUAUAUAUAUAUAUAUAUAUAUAUAUAUAUAUAUAUAUAUAUAUAUAUAUAUAUAUAUAUAUAUAUAUAUAUAUGUGAAAAAAAAGUGUUUGGAUCUAAUUGACUAUAUAGGACUGGAAAUACAGACCGUUCUCUUAUUGGGAUAGAUGGGUAUAUAUUAGGGCCAAUAACAAGGUAUUAAAAACAAAAGAAAUAUAGCCUAAUAGUGACAGGGAGUUAUGGGAAAUUGGGGAAUUUACUGUUAGUGCUGCUUACUGUUAGGGGUUAACGGUAAAGUUUAUAAAAAUGUUAAAUGUGAAAAAAUAAGUUUUAAGAAGAAAGUUUAAAAAAAUGUAAAAAGCAAAAAAAAUUUAAAAACGGAUUUUAAAAGUAAAAAAAAUACUUUUUAAAAUGCUCAUUAUCACUACACCUGGAACAAACUAGAGAAAAAAUGAUCCCACGCUAAGGUUCAAAAUAUGCCUUUUGAAUUACCCCAGGGUGUAUUCUUUAAUAAAUAGUAUGUGUUUGUGGGGAAGUUUGAAUAACCAACCAGCUAAACUACUUCGAAAUGAAACAUGGACACAGCGUAAAACUGCAAAGUUAGAGAAAAAAACUGGCUGCGUCUCAAAUGUGCCCCUUCAACCUUCAUAUAUACCUGGCAAAGGUACAUACAGGGGUAUUUCUGUACUCAGACGACAUAGCUGAGCAACAUAUGUAGUAUUAUACAGUAGUAGCACACAUAAGGUUUGCAAAAUAUGCUGCAAACUUUGUGUCAAAAAGGCAGAAAAAUGCUUAUUGCCACUGCACUUGGUACAAGCUAGUGGCAAAAUGAUCACACGCCAUGGUUCAAAAUAUGCAUUUUGAAAUACCCUGGGAUGUCUUCUUUAAGAAAUGGUAUGCCUUUAUGGUGUAGCUGGAAUAUGUAACCUGCUCAAGUGCUUCAAAGUGGGACACUAACACAUCAAAACCCUUCAUGAAAAUUCACUUUUGAGACACUUGUGAGACAAGCACUAGAGGCUGGAUUAGCCCAUAGGUAAACAUAGCAGUUUCUCUGAAACUGUUUACAGCUGCAGGAUUAACACUAGAUGGACCUAGCACCCAGACCACUUCAUUGAGCUAAAGUGGUCUGGGUGCCUAUAGUGGUCCUUUAAACUCCAUAAAACACACAUGUAUGAAUUUUACUCCCUUGGACUACAAAUAUAUAUUUUUUUUUUUAAACAUUUUCUUUCCUCCCCAGAAAAAAUUAAGCUGCUUCUUGAACAACUAUGGGAUUGUAUUGAUUCUUCAACAGAAAAAAGCCAUAUUGAGCUACAGACUUUAGGUGAGAAACAUUUACUUACAAAAAUAAGUUCUUCUAUUUUCUUUUGCAGGAUAUUAAACCAAAUAAUAAUAAUUUGAUCCUAGCCCUUUAAUUUCAAAUGUAAACCUUUUGAAGUCUAAAACAAAGGAUUUUGCACAAGUGUAUUUUAUUCCUAUUGCUCACUGUAUACAAUAAGCUGGUCAAUGUAAUAUGAAAUAUUACAACAUUUAUGGUAGAAAGGUAUUAUGUUUUUGGUUUUUUUCACCUUUUAAAUUUAUUACUUUUAUUACAAACAUCACAAUCCAGUUCAGUCCCUUUACUGCGAGGACAUGCAUUGCAAAUAAGGAGUUGAAAUAUAAAUUCUGAUUCAUUUCUUCUGUUCUCUGUGUGCUUUCUUUGUGCUGAUUGCCAGAUCCAAAGAACACAUCAUAACAAUAAUUGACCGGGAAGAUAGAUGUGCCCAAUUUUAGAAUACAGGGAUGUACAUUUCUUCCUUAAAUUUUAGUUUUCACACUACACAAAUACUUAUUAAAAUAAGAGUAUAAGUAAACUUAAUUUUAAAAAUCCUGGGAAGUGACAGUCCUAUAAAAUUAACAUUUUUUUAAAUUUUAUAAAACCUCUAGAGCUGAACAAAAAUGUUACAACAAACCCAUAACUUGUAUUCCACAGGGUUUGCACUUGCAAACAAGAGAAAAUAUAUUCUGCACCACAAAGUUUUGCAGCAAUCCAUUAUCAGCCUUUUGAGGUCAGUUUGAUAAGUGUCUUAUUGAUUCAUCUAUUGAUUUUAUAUGUGGCCCCAGGUUUUUUUUUUUUUUUUUCGUUUUGGAAUAGCAUAGUGACACAUUUGUGUGUGUUUUUUUUUGUAUAGCAUUCACUGGGUUUUUAUUUAUCUUUGUCAGGAGGAAGUUAUCGCUGACCUUGAAAUGUUGAUAAUUACUCUUAAGGGCAGUAGUGACAUGGUUGUUUUUUGUUUUUGUCUGUAUUUAAAGGACUUGGUGGCACCUGAUUAUCACUUAGAUAAGAAGAUUCUAACCUAUAUUGAUUAGUUUACACGUACAGCAAAACUUCAUAGCCUCAACCAUAAUUCCAUACUCUUCUUUUGUGGUAUCCCUCUGCACAAUCGGUGCUUUUCCUAUAUAAUUGAAGAAAUCGAUUGUGGCUGUACUGUGCAUUCAUUUUUAUAGGGAAACACAUGACAGAUAACAAGCAAUACAUUUAUGUUGGCCUUUAAGACAAAAUUAGAAGUAAUGUCUGAGUGUAGUGGAGUAAUCUAUAUUUACAGAUUUGAAAACCUAAAAAGGUGUUUAUGGUUUUAAUGUUUGCAUAUUGCAUGUAAACAAAAAGUAUAUAACAUUAAACGUUAAAGGGAAACGGUCACUUCGCAUUACACCAUUGAAUAAAACAUUGUAAAGCACACAUUUGUUUUACCAUUAUGGUUUUUCUUGAAUAAUUGAUACAUUUUGUGUUAACAUAUUACUGAUAACUAGCAUAUUACUGAUAACUAGCAUAUUACCAGUGACUGCAAAUUAUUACUAUUAGAUGAUUUUUUUUUUUUCACAUAGCAAGAGGAUACAAUGCUCAGCAUUUAGAACGCUUUACAACCCAUGUAGUUAAUUUGAAUGUUACCUUUGAAGCUACUAAUUACUUGACAAUUAGAACAUUUGCAGUCAUUCAUUUUGUACACAUGAUCGCAUGUAUUCAGUGUUAAAAUAAUGAUCUGUUUAGAAUUUGUCAUGCAGGGAUCCCAUGCAUGCUUUAUAAUCUCUGGUUGCUAAUCUACCCUUUGUUUGCUCUAAAUUUGUGUUUAGAUGCCCGUCAACACAGAGUCAGAGAGAGUAAGUAUCCAAAUAUAAGAAAUGCAAAACGAGAAGUAUGUUACUAUGCAUUACAUUAUAUUGAAUUGUCAAAGUGUUGAUUAAAACGUCUAGCAAGUUCUAGUACAGUAAUUCAUUUUUGUGUUUAUUUGCUACUGGGUUGGGGUUAUGGUUCUUACAGCACACUUUGGGGUCAUCAAUCCAUUCACUACGAUUCCUUCAAUCUUAGAGCUGUGUUAUUAUUAAAGGGAGUGAUUUUUGCAUAUGCCAGAAACUACUGGUAGGAGCUUACAUUAGCUCUACUGAGGGGAUCUUUCUUAUUAACUACACUUGAAGUUAGGACCGCAAACAUUUAUGUUGAAGUUGGUAAGGGUGUGCAGCCUGCAACCAACCUCAGAGGAAUACAACUGUAUUCAGCAUGAUGUGCACUGUUUUUUUUGUGUUUUUUUGGAAGGUGUGAUCUACAGUUAAUUUUUUUUUUUUUCGUCAAGUUUCGAAAAAAAGUUUUUGCCAUUGUCUGUUUAUCUGGAGCCAAUCCGUUCUAAACAAAUGUAGUAAUUUUUGUCAGGAAGCAUGAAAAAGGGGAGGAGGGUCAGGUUGAGACCAGAACUGCAAUGUGGUCUUGAGGUCCAGUGCCGCCUCUGUUGUACUAAAUCUUUUUAUUGGGGUAGUGGUGGUCGUGGACAGGAACCAGUAUUAUGAAUUACGGUCUGAGGGGAGAGACUGCAGUGUGUGUGUGUGUGUUCAAAUAGCGUUGGAUUUCCAAAUAAAUCAUACUGUAUGAGAGUAGUGUGUGAAUGUGCUAUAGGUUAACGUGGCACGGUAGUGAGGAUGUGAUCAAGGAAGCUGUAACAAUCAGUGUCGGAUAGAUCCUCAGAAUUUGGAAGAUGUAAAAGCAGAGUUGUAGAUACGUGCCAGGGAAGUGGAAGGCUAAAAGGCAAUCUCUCCGCUCUGAGUAUAUCAACCUAGUUGACUUAUUUAUGAAUUUGGUGUAAUGUGUUAUAUCUGUUAAUCUCCCUUUGUGAAAAGGGUUGGUCAGCCAAACCCCCCGCCUCCGGUACAUUAAACUUUUAAUGAAGGGAAGAUGCAGUGAUUUGGAUGUUGAUGUUCACCUAGUUUCAGCCUUGCCAGCUUCCAUGCUUUUAUUGUGGUUAUGUGUUGGGGGCAGUUUAGUUAAGCCAGUAAUUCUAUGGGUUCAGUCAGUGCUGCCUGCAGUUCAGUUGUAGUGAAUUGUGAGCAGUUUACUUUCCAAUUCAGGACGUAUUUUGCUUGUGCAGUGCUUUAGGUAGGUUCAAACCUCCUGAGUAUUUGGUGUAAUUUAGUUAGACUAAUUAUAGCUGGAUGGUUAAAAAUAAAUUAGAUACAGGCACUCAGGAUUGCUGCAGGAAGGCAGGUUUAUUGGAACAAAAAGUACAACGUUUCUGUCUACACAGAGGCCUUUAUCAAGCGACACUUAUGGGGCUGGAAUGACAUCAUAUUCCAGCUCCUGGCCUCUCUACAGCUUGAGGGAAUAGAGGGGAGCUGCAAGAAGAUUACCGCAGCCUCGCACAUUGCACCCAUGCAGCCCAAGUCGGCCGGCCCCCAUGCAGGCCAGGGCAACCAGUCGGCUCCAUUGUUUCCCCAGCUGUGCUCCAUGGCGUCUUGGUGCCUCCCUUUCUAGAUUUAGGAGAUACAAAUAUUACUGGAAAAGCUUGUCCCAAAGGCUUCACGGUGAACAUUUUUAAAAUCCUGAGGCCCCAUCUUGGCACUGUUCUAACACACCACUAUUCAAUCAAAUUUAUCUAGAUGGCCUAUCAGUUGACUCCCUUAACCACGCUCGGACCAUUCAUACACCCAAACCGGAAAGGAAUUUAUAUUAGCGGUCUUUACUUUUGACGAUGACUUACUGAUAUUUUCAGCUAACCUGAAUUACCAUUUUUCCUUCUUUACUCAGCUUAACCUAAAACAGUCAGUGUCUGUGUGUCAUUGUGUUUACCUGCCCACCUCUGAUCACAUGAGGUGUUUUUACUCCACUUUUUUCCCACGCCGACUGGUUUCGCCACGGCUUUUCCUGCCUUCAUGGCUGAGAUCAUCAAUCUUUAUAAACUCUCAGCUAAAUAAUUAUUUUCCUUAGGAGGAUAGUGCGCAUGUUCUUUGAGUAACAUUCAGCACCUCCAUGCAAAACUUGGAGAUGCUUAACAAACGAUACUGCACACCUUUAAUCUGGGACGUGGUUAACUACCCCCUUUCUUCCAUCUUCCAAUUAAUUCACAUGGCUCGCAAACACAUUAAAAUACAUAGGAGUUAAUAUCCCUAGAAAUUAAUUAACAUUAUAUUAAACAUAUCAGUUUUAAUGCAAUUUAUAAAUCCAGAGUUGAGUAGAUGGCAGUCCCUUCCCCUUUCCAUCAUGGGUAGAAUACACAAACUAUACUUUUUCCAAGUUUUCUCACUCUUACUAUUUUAAGACAGACGAGAAUGCCUUGAACAAACAAGUAUGCCUAUUCAUAUGGAACACCCAUCCAGCUAUAAUCAGUCUAACUAAAUUACUCUCUAGUGGCUGAGUGACUGUCACUUGAUGUGUUAAUAGGCAGCAAUGUAAACAAUGCCUUUUCUGCAGCGUUUACAUUGAAAAGGCUACAGGGAUAGGCUAUAGGCACCAGAACAACUACAUUAAGCUGUAGUGGUUCUGGUAACUGUAGUGUGCCUUUAAGAACUGUAGAUUUCUCUUAAAUAGACAAACGUAAACAAAUAAAACUGGCUCUCAACUUUUUUUAGCUGGUUUCUAGAUUCCAAACAAAUUGGGCAAACCCUGGAUUUUUCAAGAGUGAACAGAAUUCCUUGUCUAUGUGGGGUUGCAGCUUUAUAGGAAGGCUAGAACUCUCGGAUAGUCAUCUGGUGUUGAGUUGCAUAGGUCUUUGAAGUUGGUGUAAAACAGGCUAUUAAUCUUAGUAUGAUACUUUAUUUUGAUUCUUUAUGGUGAUACAGUUACAAUAGGUUUAAAUCUAGAUGCUGGAUUAACUAUACUGGCCAAAAGCCUUCUGGACCUUCCACCCCAACUAAAGAAAUGCUGCCUUUGGUGACCUUGUCUGCGCUUUAACCCCUUCCCGACUUCGAAUGUACCAGGUACGUCCGAUAGAAAAUCCCCACUUACCUGAAAGCUUGCGAUUCCCCACCAGCGUUCGCGAUUCUGAGGUCUGCCUGGGAGCUGAGGCAGGGGGCUUGUCCGAGCUCUCAGGCAGUUCCCCCUAAUGCCUGCAAAAAACUUUUAAAAUUAUUAAGUUUUAAAAAGUAAAUAAAAGUACACACAUUGUACUUUAGGCAUGAAUUAACAGAUCCUGUUGUGUCACUGCCAAACAAUGUGUUCAGCAAGAUCUCCUGAGUACAGUAAUACCACCCAUGCAUAGGCCUGGGUGGUAUUACUAAAAGGCCACAUUUGGCAGGUGCGCUUAUCCGUUUCCCAACUUGGAAUUUUGACAUUUAAUCAACCUGCGCCCAUGUCCCAUUUGAGCCAAUGUAUUUUACCCCCAUCAAAACAUAUUUUUGAAAAGUAGACAACCCAGGGAAUUUUAACACUUUUCAUGCACUGAAUUCUACCACCAGCCUUUGUCAAACUUUUGGGUAGUAAUCUUUUUUUGUUUCUUUGUCACACACAUUGUACUUUAGGCAUGAAUUAACAGAUCCUGUUGUCACUGCCAAACACCCCAAUAUGUUCAGCAACAUCUCCUGAGUACAGAGAUACCCCCCAUGUAUAGGGUUGCUGGGUUGUUUGGGGGCCAAAAGGCAACAAUCAGAACUUGUACAUGUCAGUUUUUCAACUUGAUAUAUAGGUAUGCUUGGUCUAACUUCAGUUUGACAUAUUUUUGCACCCCCAGCUAAUGUUACCAUCAUGACAGUUUAGUAUAUAUUUUUAUAAAGUAGACAUUAAAGGUUAUAGAAGAUGGGGUGUUUUGACUUCUUUCCCCCAACCAUUUUGCCCCCCCAAAGAACGUGUAGUGGUAAUUUUUAAAUUCUGGUUUUUAUGCACACGUCAUCUGGUUUUGGCCAGCUGGUUAUGUGUUACUGCCUGAAAACUUGUUAGACCAAAUGUGCAGGUAGCAAAUGUACAUUUAGCAGCAAUCUUUAAACUGACUCCUGCAAAUAGAAUCUAACUGGAGAUUAGGGGGAAGGAAACUGACUAACAAAAAAUGGCUGCUUUCCAAAGAAACAAAAAAUAAAAUAAAAAUUCAGUAACACUUCUUACAACUGUUCUGUGUGGUACAGCUUGAAACAUGUUCCUACACACAGUCCUGGUUUCAAAGGGCAAUUUUUUUUUUAAUUUUUUUUUUAGCAGUUGGCGGUAACUUAAAAGUAAAAUACCUGGACUCGGCUUGCACCGUUGUUGGAACUUGUCCAUCUCCAUAAAUUGUUAAAUAAAUUAUUUUCAACUGAAAUUGCAGAAAGGUGGUUUUCCCUGGAUUAUUUUUUUUAAAAAGAAAAAACGAGAUGUGGGUUGCUAUUUGCAUCAGAUAGCCACCUUUUUAUAUCAUGCUUUGGUUUUUCGUAAAAUAAGAUAUGGCUGCAUCAGCUAAACAGCCAAAUCAACACCCUCCAUGUACUUAUUAUAUGCCCUGAUGCAAACCGGUUUGGACUCUACUCUGCCCCGGACAGAGACGUCUGACAUGCGUUCGUCAUGGAUGGUGGUUAGCAUGUUGACAUCCUUCCUGUCCCUAAAUUUUUGAAGAAAAAUAACACAUUUGAUAACUUUGCAAUGCUGGCUGCAAUUGUUUCUUAAGGGGCAAAAACAAACAAACAAAAUUUACUUUGUACAUAAUAUGUAUAAAGUAAUAAUUGACUCCCGUUAUCAAUUAUUAAUUUAUACAUAUAAUGCACAAUGCACAUUUUUUUUGUUUCUGUCUCUAAAGCAGUAUUAGGGUAGUCUGCCAUAUGUUGUAAAUUCUGUUUCUUUAAUAUGGAUGCAAUUCUAUUUGGUUUUCCACCAGAGUGUGUUUUCUAACUGAAGACCAUGCUCAGAGAUAACAUAAAUGGUCAGUGCUCAGUGGUAAACAUUGGAGAUGCAUUACUGACAGUUCCUUCAUCACUAUUUUCUAGCAUAAAAACCUCCCACAUUUUACAUACAAGGAUGAUAAAGCAGAAAAGACUAGCAUAUAAGAUUCCUUUUAAAUGAGGUAGUACACCAUGCUUAGGAGCAUGGAAACAGAGCAGCUGAGACACAUUUUGGGCCACUUCCAACUGCAAAAAUGGUAAGAGUGGAGGAAGCUGGAGGGUCAGCUGCAAAAAGCGGAUAAAAGCAAGCACACUUUUCGUGGAAAUGCUGCAAAGUGGCCACAGUUAGACAUGGCCAUAAAAGAAUGGAUCACACAUCACCGGAACAAUGGCUUCUCAGUCUCUACAAAAAUAAUAUAUGAAGCCAAACGCAUUGCUGUAGAGAAAGACGUUCACGAUUUUACUGUAUCACCAUCGUGGUGCUACAAAUUUGAGGCGAUGUGGCCUUGCUAUGCACACCAAAACUAGAAUUGUGCAAAAAAUGACAAAAGAAUAUGAAUCGAAAAAUUAUCUCUCUUCAUAAAUUUGUAAUUGAUGCUAGGAAGAAAAAUGGGUUUGAAGUUGUCCAGAUUGGGAAUAUGGAUGAAGUCACGCUAACCUUUGAUGCGCUAUCUAAUAGGACAGUUGAUCUGGUGCCACAACGAUCACUGUGAAAACCUCCGGACAUGAGAAAACCCAUUACACGGUUGUGUUGUCUUGCUGUGCAGAUGGCACCAGAUUGCCAACCAUGUUAAUUUUCAAAAGGAGAACAUGUUCAUGAAGAUGGAUGGACGAAAAUGGAAUGAGAGUAUGGGUUGAAAAAGUGUGAUCCAAACGUCUUGGAGGGCUUCUGAAAAAACCUGCCUUAUUAGUACUUGACCAGUUUAGAGCACGUAUUAGUGAAACUACAAAAAAAGUGCUUUAAAGAAGUAGGCACUAAUCUAGCUGUAAUUCCUGGAGGUCUUACUAGCCAGUUGCAACCUCUCAACGUUUCUAUCAGCAAACUAUUUAAGGUCUUUAUGCGAGAAGAGUGCAUCAAAUGGAUGGUUGCUGGUUAUCCUGAUCUGAUACCUACUGGGCGAAUGAAGAGGCCCACUAUCACUCAAGUUUGUGAAUGGGUGAAAACAUCAUGGCACUCAGUGAAGAAGGAAAUCAUUGUUCAGUCAUUCAAAAAAUGUGGCAUUAGCAAUGCUUUGGAUGGAAACAGAGAUGGUAUCUUAUAUGAAAAUAGUAAUGAAAGUGAUGUCUGUGAUUGUGAGCAACUGAGCUUCAUAAAUUCUGACUCUAGCAAUGAUGAGUUAUUGGGGUUCACAGAACACUAUAAGAGUAUUCAAACCUUAGUCUCUCUUCAUUUGUUAAUGACCGUGAUGAUGGUUCUUAAUGCCACUGUUGACUGCUGUUUUCUUUACAUGGUUGAAAUAUUAAUCUGAGCUACCGGUAGUUUAUUAAAUGGUUUAGUACACUAGUACAAUAGUUUUGAUUCAGAAUAUUUGUUUCCUUGUUUUCCUCCUCUAAAAAAACUAGAUGUCUUAUUUAUAUAGCUCAAUCAGAUUCCGUAGCGCUGUACAAUUGUAACCAGGCAACUGGACGUACAGGAACGUAGAGGAGGAGGGCCCUGCUCAAUGAGCUUACAUUCUAGAGGGAGUGGGGCAUAGUGACACAAAGGGUAAAAGGGGUACGAAGUAGGUUGUUGGAAAAGUAUUCACUGAGGGCUUAGUAGGUAAUUUUUGACAGUUGCAGGAGAGGAGUCAUGGGGAGUGGAGGAUACAAACCUGCUAACAGUUUAAUUGAUAUGCUUUCAAUGAUUUUUUUGAAAGAGUGGAGACUGGGUGAAAUUCUUACGGAGAAGGGAAGGGAGUUCCACAGAAGAGGGGCAGCCCUAGAAAAAAUCUUGGAUGUGAGCAUUAGUGGUGGGAGUACGGACAGAGGAUAUACGUAGGUCUUUGGAAGAGCGUAGGUGCCUCAACGGGACUUAUUUGUGUAUUAGGGAGGAUAGGUAGGUUGGAGCAGCAUUAUGUAGGGACUUGUAAGCAAGCACCAGAAUUUCAAAUUGAGCCCUAUAUCUAACAGGAAGCCAAUGCAGGGACUGAAAGAGCAGGGAGGCGUGGGAGGUGCGAGCCGACAGGAAAAUGAGCCUCGCUGCCGCAUUCAUUAUAGAUUGCAGCGGUGCAGUCUGGGAACACGUAAUACCACUGAGAAGGGCAUCUGGGGUUAAAUAGGGGAGGAUGCACGCUAUGUUUUUGAGAUGGAAGCGACAGGAUCUGGCGAUUGAAUGGAUAUGAGGGGUGAAGGAGAGAUUGGAGUCAAAAAGAACACCCAGGGAGCGAGCCUGCAGGGUAGAGGUGAUGGUAGCACUGUUGACUUGGAGGGAGACACACAGGAGUAGUAACACUUGAGGGAGGAAAGAACAGAAGUUCUGUUUUGGACAGGUUGAGUUUAAGGAAGUGAGCAGCCAUCCAGUUGAAAAUCAAAGAGAGGCAGUCAGCGACACGAGCCAAGAUGGGCGGAGAGAGAUCAGGAGAGGACAAGUAGAUUUGCGUGUCAUCCGCAUAGAAACGAUAACAGAAGCCAAAGGAGCUGAUGAGUUUACCAAGGGAGGCGGUAUAGAUAGAGAACAGUAGGGGACCAAGACAGAACCUUGGGAGAUGCAGACAGUGUGUGGUUGGGGAGGGGGGAAGAGGCAGAGUCAGAGAAAGAAACACUGAAAGAGUGCAGAGAGAGGUAGGAGUAGCACCAGGAGAGAGCAGUAUCCUGUAGACCAAAAUUACGGAGAAUGCAAAGAAGCUGUUAAUGAUCAAUAGUGUCAAAGGCAGCAGAAAGAUCAAGGAGAAUUAGGAUAGAGUAAUGGCCGCGGGAUUUAGCAGUAAUUAAAUCGUUGGAUAUUUUGGUCACAGCCAUUUCGACAGAAUAACCAGUGUGGAAUUUAGACUGAAGGGGGUCAAGCAGAGAGUUGGAUUUGAAAAAUUCAGUCUGGUGUACACAACUCUCUCGAGGAUUUUGGAGGCAAAUAGCAGUAGCGAGAUAGGGUGAUAGUUGGAUGGGGACUUGGGGGUCAAGGCUGGGCUUUCAGAAUUGGGGUUACAGUUGCAUGUUUGAAGGGUGAGGGAAAUGUGCCAGAGGAAAGGGAGAGAUCUCUGAUUGUAGAGAUCUCAGUGAAGUGAGAUGCAAAGUUUGUGGCGGACAAGUUGGUAAAAGAAGGGGGGAGUAAAAGGGCGAAGAUCAUCAAAAGUGUGAAAUAGGUGUUUGGGUUGAUGGGACAGUGUACUUAUAAGGGUGUCAAAUUAAUUUACUUUUGCAGUGGAAAGAGCCAGGCUGUAGGAGAGCAGCAUACAUUUAUAGUGGAGAAAGUCAGAUGCAAAGUGAGACUUUCUCCAGCAGUUCUAGAACAUUUUUGGAGGUAACGGGUCAGCUUGGUGUGCCAGGGUUGCAAUUGGGGGCGCUUUCUACGUUUAAUUGUAGGAGGUGCCAUUAUGUUGAGUUGUGAAAUGAGAUUGCAGAGUUGGGGCAAGUUAGAUUUGAGAUGGUUAAAAGGAGAGUUUGGUGGAGAAAUGCUGGAGAUCAAGGCAGUGGAGGUUUCUGCAAGAUUGGAGAGUUGAGGGUGGUGAGAUUUGGGUACGGGGUAUGUUGAUGUCAAAUGUUAGCAGAUGGUGGUCAGACAAAGGAAAUGGAACAGUGGAGAGAUUAGAGGUGGCACAGAGAUUGGUGAAGAUGAGGUCAAGAGUAUUUCCUGCUGUAUGAGUUAUGGUCAGGCGUGUCUUAUGGAGUGAAAAAUACAGCAUAGAUAUCUAUAUUUCUAUCUAUAUCUCAAUGGUGGUUUUGCACUCCAGCUCUCCUUUAAGUUUUGGCCCGGUGCCUGAGGAAAGUUCACAACUGUGAACUGAAACGUUGUCCAUUUGGAUUAAAUGCUUACAUUUUUUUGAAGUCCUUGAGUGCUAGCUUUUUUUCUUGGAGGGUGUGUGUGUGUGUGUGUGUGUGUGUGUGUGUGUGUGUGUGUGUGUGUACACACACACACACACACACACACACACGACCCAGCGCUCUCACCUAUCACUAAACGGCAGCUUCAAUGUUGACAGAUUGUAUUUUUUUUAAAACACCUAAUCUAGGUGUUUUAGUUACAUUAUAUGAUCAUACAUUGCUUAAGCCUGCCACAAUGUCAAUGUACCCCAUCUUUAGAAGGUUCUUCUCUAACAGCCUAAGGUCCACUACCCCUACAUGCAAGGGCGACACAGGUAACCCAACCUCCAUCAAGUCAUUGACUAUCCCCCACAUUAUGGCCGAGCUACGCAAGCGCAGCAUCCCUUCCCCAGCUACGGCCAGGAAAGCGGAGCUAAUUGGGCUCAUGCGGACCAAUACGGACGCAGGGAAGGGCACAAGUAUCUCUAACGACUCCAACCUCCACACAAUGAUCGCCUCACUGGUGUCCUCCAUUGGGCAAAUCAACAAUAGGCUAGAAAGACUGGAAGCUCGUAGACUUCCCAUUGCGGCAACGGGGCCCCCCACGGAUGUACUUCCAAACGCACCAGUUACAACCAGGUAAUGGUGUGUCUGUUAUUUCCAGAUCACACGUUAUAAAUCCGGCCCACAUGGUACCGGCAAAUCUUAAAAAGGACAUCCUGAAAGGCAAAGACGCUAAUCUUGUCUCCCUUCAGAUUGCUUCCCAGGAUGUCGCCAAGAAUCGCACGUACGCGUGUGGGGGAUAUCUAGGUAGUUCUUAAAUCAAGAGACCCUAGACUCAGCUAGAAGCUAUCGAUCCCAGAUUUUAUCGUUUUUGUUAUCUAUAGGGAUGUUUUGUGUUCGAUUCAUCUACAUAGAAGGGAAGAGCUGGACCUCUAUAUGCAUAAGCUGGUUACAGGGGUACCGUCCUUUUUAUGACUACAACCAGUCAUUAUCCUCUAGGGUGUCUGCAGCUCUGGCCUAGUACAGCGUCAGCAUGGCUUGGAGCCAACUGAACACAGCUUUUUUGCAGACACUUCUGGUAAGGACACCAGCUUGUAUAGUUUGCUCUUCUGCCGCACGUUCGGCCAAUUUCUCACCAGUUUCACCUGACUGCCCAGUACGGCAACCCUGAGCAGCUCGAGGGUUGAUAAACAGGGAAAAGAUACAUUAGAGCGCCCAAUCGUAUACCUUGGGAAGUCAGAUUUUUACUUUUAAUGAAGGAUCAUGUGGUUAUAGUGUCUGCCGUCUGUUGCAUGUGUGCUCACUGUUUCAGGGCACAAGUGAAAACCAUGUGCCCUAAUAAAAUGCAUUAUAAACCUUACUUGACCUCGGUUAAUGUUUGUAUGCUAGCUAGACUACUGUCCACACAUCCUUCAAUACUCUUUGUGGAUUUCUUGAUAACUGGUUUUACUCAGGGUUCCCACACGGGCCUUAUCCACAUGCCAACAGGGAUAUUAGAAUGUAACACUCUUCCAUCAGCCAUGGCCUAUACCAAGGCAGUAGAGGUGCUAUUACAGCUAGAGGUUGAGCAAGGGUUCUUACUAGGGCCUUUCACGGAGCAUCCUUUUUCCAGCUGGAGAACUAAUCCCAUUGGCCUAGCCUCCGGGAGAAAACUCUGGCAAACAAAGACUGAUCAUAGAGCUAUCAGCACCACACUCCUCAGGGGUCCCAAGUCUAAACUCGCUGAUCCCGUCAGAAGAAUUCUCUCUACAGUACACAACAAUUGACAAUGCCGUAAACGCUAUCUUGACUGCAGGCAUGGGGGCCUGGCUCAGCAAAACCGUCAAUCCCUUCAAAUUUUUGCCCAUUCACCCGUCUUUAUGGCACCUGCCCAAUAUUAAAUGGAAUGGCCUGUAUUAUUUUUUUCACUAGACAUUGUGUUGGCUCCUCCUGAAUAUGUUCAGGUGCCAUAGCGUCAUCCACUAUCUAGAUGAUUUAAAAAAUUUUUUUAUUGAAAGCAAUUCUUCCCCCUCGAGCAGCUUGGACAUAGCAGUCACGUUACUCAACACACUAGGGGUACCAGUCUCACCAAAGAAAACAGAUGGUCCUGACACCUUUAAUUUCUUGGGGAUACACCUGGAUUCGGUGACCAUGGAAGCUAGCCUUCCACAGGAGAGUCAAUAGCAUGCGCCACGAUAUCAACCAUAACAUGCUUACUGGCGUCUGUAACCGGAAAGAAUUGCAGUUGUUGUUAGGCUUCCUGAACUUCGCUAUGAGAGUCAUCCUUCAGGGUAGAGCUUUCAUCUCCAGGUUCCUCAGCCUACUCACCACAUUCCCUGAUGACCGAAGCCGUACCUCCCCUCACGCCCAAGCCAUGGGGGACCUCCUUAUGUGGCACACAUUUCUCUUUAACUCGGAGAAGCAUGUUUCUCCCACAGGUUUCUGUACACUCCCCGGUCAUUCGGACCGAUGCAGCAGCUGCCACGGGUUCGCAGUCUUAUUUGGCGAAGAAUGGCUCUGGGGUAAUUGGCCAGUGAAAGUACAAGAAAUGGAGGGGUCUACAGAAACUCUGCUCUUUUUGUGGUAUGCCCUGUUGUGGCAGCAGCGGUGGCUUGGGACCAUUUGUGGUCCGGCGAAACAGUUCAGUGUUUUUCAGGCAAUCUGGCGAUUUGCCACAUUAUUAAUGUAAAGCAUGUGAUAGGGUGUUUUCCUUAUACAAGAAGUUCAUGGCAGAAUAUCACCUGCAUAGCAUCCCUGGUGGCCUUUGUCACUUUUUGCCACCUCAAGUUAGUUAUCCCACAACACAAUAAAAUUAUACCUGACAGGCAUCCAGCACCAUAUGUACUCUACUUUCCCCAACAACUCUGGUUUCCUCUCCUCAUCCUAUCAGGGCCAUACUUAAAAGCAUAUCGAAGGCUAACGGUCCUACACCACAACAAAGGCUACCCAUCAGCAAACAGUUAUUCAAAGAUAUGUCUGAUCUAAUAGAUUCAGCCCCUUUUGAACCCCUCACUAAAUCUGUCAUAAAAACCAAAACAAGCCAAAUGGGUCAACCUGUCCACAUACCGUAUUAUCCCAUGAACAGCUGGUGCCCGGUGAAGGUUUUUGAUUCCUACCUCCUCACUAUACCAAUGCCUCUUUUGUCACUUCAUGGGGCUAUCCUCACCAUGUCCAAAUUCAUGUUAUUCAUACGCUUAUUGUUAACAAGGCUAGGAAUGAACCCUAGUAAUUAUUUAGGGGCCGCCUUUAUGGCAUCGAGCCAGGACAUUCCAGUCCAUAUCAUUAAAUCUGCCUAUACAACAUACAUACCUCAAACAGUACAGGAAAUACGAAAGGCAUUCGAAAAUAUCUUCUUAAUUGUACCUACGUUUUAUUAUGUUCUUUCUCAAUAAAUGUAUUUUGAACAUAUUACGUCUUCCUUUUUGCCCACUUUUAUUACUGGCCUACAGCAUACGUCGGUUUCGGUACACUUCAACCGACUUUCUCUAUCACAAGUUCUGUUCACCAAUCUUACUAUCAUAACCAAUGUAGCCCCGAACAUAAAUGGGAAGGUAUGGCCUGAAGUUGUGGGAGGGGCUUUGGACCUUUAAAAGCACUCCCCCCUUUGCUAACCUACCGUGAUCGGUCUGAUGAUCUGCUACCCCACCCUCCACUCCCUUUAUGCAACAUACUCUACUAGUGUAAGCCCACUUAUAUUACUGGCUUACAGCAUACGUUUGUUUUGGCACACUUUAACCGACUUUCUUUAUCACCAGUUCUGUUCCCCAGUCUUACUUCUAUCAUAACCGAUGUAUCCCCGCAACACAAAAAAAAAUAUAUAAUUUUUUUUGAAAAAACAAAAAUGCUAACUUUGGCCAGCGUUUGUGGCUACUACAAAAGACUGGACAUACCCCAUUUUAAAUACCUUGGGUUGUCUACAUUUGAAAAUGGUAUGCCAUGAUGGGGUUAAUUCACAUUCCUGGGCUACCAUAUGGUCUCAAAAGUUAACAGAACCAGCAAACCAAACUGGCAAACUGAAUUGAGCAAGCCCUAAAUUGACCAUGUAACUUUCCACAGUAAAACCUGUACAUGGGGGGUUAUUGUUAUACUCUGGAGAUUUCGCUGGACACAAUUAUGAGUGUUUAAAACAGUAAAACUUAUAACGACUAUGAAAUCACCAGUAAAAGUGCAGGUUUUGUGUAAUGCUAACUUUGGCCAGCGUUUGUGACUACAAAAGACUUUGACAUACCCCAUUUUGAAUAUCCUGGUUUGUCUUUUACAAAUGGGUAUGCCAUGAUGGGGUUAAUUUUCAUUCCUGGGCUGCUAUACGGUCUUAAAGGCAACAUAGGCCCAGCAAACCAAUCUGGACAAUUUCAAUGUGCAAACAUGGAAAAGGGGUAAAGCCCUACAUUUAACCCCUGUAAGUUUGCAGAAACCCAUAAAUCCUCUUGUACUCGAGAGAUGUUGCUGAACACAUAUUGGGGUGUUGUUUGUCAGUAACACAUUACAGGAACUGAGAAUCCAUGCCUAAAGUACAAUGUGAGAGAAAAAAAACACAAAAAAAUUUACACAAGUUUGAUGGUAGACUGGUGGUAGAAUUAUUGCAUGAAAAGUGUUAAAAUACCACCAUUUGAAAUACCCUAUGGUGUCUUCUUUUCAAAAAUAUUUUGUUUGAUGGAGGUGAAUUACAUUGGCUGGCUUCAAAAAUGUCCCAAAUGGGACAUGGGUGCCUAUGACCAGCUGUGAAAAUUCCAAGUUGGAAAACUGGAAUGUGCACCCUCCAAAUAAGGUAUUUUAGCCCCCAGAGAACCCAACAUACCUAUACAUGGGUGGUAUCACGGUACUCUGGAGAUGUUGCUGAACACAUAUGGGGGUGUUCUUUGGCAGUAACCCUGUGUAUUGUGCAAUCAUCUCCAUUUAUAGACCAUUUGUAUUGUAUGUUCACGAAUUGUACAGCGUUGCGGAAUCUGUUGGCACUUUAUAAAUACCAGUAGUAGUAAUAAUAAUUUGACAGUGGGCAAAUGAAUAUCUAAGCUUUUUGCGUUAACUUUGUAAUGAUUUAUAUUCUAGGAGCUCUUUUUUUUUUUUUGUGAGGCAUGGUUCACAUCAUGCAUAGUUCGCAUGCUUUUUGUGAAUAGAAAACUCAAAAUGUUUGCUUUUUUGAAGUCAAAGUAACUCUAACCCACACCUUUAAUCUUAUUUAAUUAAUUUCUUAUUCGCUUUUGUUGAAUUUUUGACACCAUCAAUAUGUAGAGCAAUAGCAUAAUGUAUUGGUUAAAACAGGUUGGUAGUUACUGUAACUUAGAUGAACAUCAAACCGGAUUUUAGAACAAAUGUAUACAUAAAUGCAGUCAUUUCUAAAGGGUUCACAUACUUUUUUUUGCCACGCUGUGUUUGUAUGUAACUCUUAUUCGCUAAACACAAUUUUCUUUUGUAAAUUUUAACUCCUGAUUUAUUGAUCUAACCUGAAAUAGCCUAGCUUUGACUACAGCUAUACAACUAGUUCGGGGUUUGUUUUUUGUUUUGUUUUUUUAAAUAAGAUCCAUUUGCAGUUGUAUUUUCUAUGAUCAUUAUGGUGUUCUCGCUAUUUUGAUUUAGUGUACCCUCUACUUCCUAUAUUAAACGUAAAAAAUGCAGUCACCACCUUUUUCUCCUGCAAUAUCAUGCAGGCAUUGUUUUGUCUUUUUGUUCGAUCCAUUGAAGAACUAGGGAUUAAUAGUGUGACCACUGCUGUCUUCCAGUCAAAUGCUCUCCAUAAGAAGCAUUCAGAGUAAGUAACCCGUGAGAACUGAGUUUGACUCUAUUCUUAAAGCAGAAGUGGUCUUAGUGGCUGUCAGGAAAACAGCCACUACAGGUGUGUUUAGCCCUAUAAUGGAAAUCUUAAACUGGCAAUGUUUUACAUUGCAGGGCUAAAAUGACAACAGCAAUGCACCGAGACCACUUCAUUGAGAAGUUUGCGUCCCUUUUGAAACAUAACUCGGUAGCAUAACGUUCCCAUAUUAUCAGGAUUGUUUCCUUAAUUGUAAGUUUUCUGAAAUGUACCCUGGAAUUGGAAAUGUAAUGCUAUAAUGGUAGUGCUGGAAACAUAACCAAAUUACCAAAUUUUUCCAACUUGCCAAUUUUGGCCUAAAAGUUUUUAAUUCCCUGAUGACUUCCCAACAAUUUAUGAUUUAGGAAAAAAAAACUUGAUUGCAAUUUGUAGUUGCACAAAGAAAAUGCUGCAUGAAAAAGUAUGAUUUUGAUUUUAUUUUCUCCUUCCCAGAAAAGAAUGGAAAAAGACAUCUGAAUGUGAAGAAUUUGGAUGAUAGUUCAGUGCCUCCUAGCCACAGCAGUCCUCUGGCGUUAAAUCAGAUGCACAUGAAUCCAAUACAAUUACCUGUUAGCCAAACUUUACACAAACCUGAAGUAUGUCAAAAGGAGAGUAAAAGUUCAGUGGAAGCUGUUGUGGACUGCAAUGGUGAUAGUGCCUUUUAUGAAGAUAAAACGACAGACUUUGUUACUAGAGAUCUUAUUGAUGAAUAUUCAAGUCCUGAUCACAUUCGAUACACCAGUGAAUUUCUACAAAUGCUUCAGUGGGUCAAACCUCUUCCAGCCCUUUUGUCUCCUAUACACUUUUAUCCUUCAAUCACACAGGUGAGUUAAGGACUCUAAAACAAAAGGGAAAAAAAUAGUUUUCCUGGCACUAGAGAAUCCUGGAGUUUCCCCAUCCCACUUACCUGAAUCCAGCGCCGAUGUUCCUCGGCGCUGGGUCAGGCUCCGCACGCGCAUUAGCCCCAUAGGAAAUUGUUAUUCAAUGCUUUCAUAUGGGAAAAUCUGACGCUUGAAGUCUGUGAGAACGUCCAGCAACGGACCAAAAGUUUGUUUGGAUUCUGGAAGCGCCCCAGCGGCUGUCUGUUAAACAGCCACAGAGGGCAGACUUAGAGCUGCAAUGUAAACAUUGCAGUUCUCCGGAACUGCAAUGUUUUACAUUGCAGCACGAAGUGCAAAAGGGUCACAGCAUCCAGACUACUUCAGUUAGCUGAAGUGAUCAGGCUGCCUACAGUGUCCCUUUAAUUAUACUAUUUAAAUAUUUCAAGAAAGUGGAUUAGGGGGACAUUGCCUCUUCUCUUCUCCUCCAAAAUCCCUUUGUAGACUUUUUUGGUAGAGGAGGAGCAAAUGUCAAAGAUUCCAAGUUCAAAAAAGUAAUUUGGGCGUUUUAAUCAAGGUAGAUGUUUCAGAGCACGAAAAUAAAGUUAUUCACUCUCCUUUUCACAGAGAGCAGAAGCAUAAUCUUGAGCAAUGUUUUCCGUGGCUAUAUCAGAAUUACUUAACUACCCAGGACAUGAGUCUGAGACAUCCUAAUUUAGAGACCUUUUCAUACAGGCGGAUACUGAUCCACAUAGGGAAAAAAUGCCCUGCAUAAGGAAAGAAGCAGUUUCAUUUGGAGUGCUUUUCAAACAACUAAAAGUUGAACAAAACCUUUACAUAUAGCAGCUAUCAGUCAUUAAAAGGACCCUUUAAAUUGACCUAUCUGAUAAUCAAAAUUUGCAUACUAUGUUGUAUUGGUAAGCUUAGAGUACUUUUGUAUCCACCUACAAAUAGAGGAGAAAUAAGUGAAAUUGCAAUGAAGCGUUGUUAUUUAAUGCAAGAUAUUUUUGUUGCCAUAUAUUUUAACUGCUAUAACAUCUGGCUAAGAUAUUAAUACAUUGAAAAGUUAAACCAACCUUGUUCAUUUUUCCUUCUGUUUCUAAAAUAGUUUGAUAACAGUCCUGUUUUUGUUUUCCCUUUUUCCUCCUAAGGAUUUAUUUGGAGAGUUGACAGAUUCCAGUGAUGGAGACGAACGUGCCUGUGCAGAGUCAUUUUUAAAUCCCAUAGAAUGUCUGAAAUCAGAUGCAAUUCCAGCCUGUGUUAACGAUCAGAUAUGCUCUGUGCCCUUAAAUUUGCCUGUUUUUGAUAAAAGUGCUGACAUUUAUUUUGAUUCUAAGAGAAGUAAAGAAAAACAUGAAGUUGCUGUUAUAGAGAGUUUGAAAGACAAAACAGACUCAGACUUUGAGAGUUCCAACCACGUUCCUAUCACUGCAGAAAUACAGGAAACAUCUAGUUGCCAUCAACAUUUGCAGUGUCCAGACAAUUUUGAAAUACCUGCAUUGAUUAAGGAAACGUGUAUGGAAUCCUGUGACCUAGGUCAAGACUACCAGUUAAGGGCAUCUGCAGUAAGUGAAGUUAAACAUACAGACAGCAGUGAAGUGUCUGUUGAAAUGGAUUUGGGUGUUCAGGAAGAUCUCUCAAAUACAGUACAGGAAGCAAAGGACACAAUGAAAAAUCAUGUGGAUUUCCCAUGCAGUAUGUCCUCCGGUUUACUUACAUCAAAUAAUUCCAGAACAUCAUCUGCAAGCAAGUGUGAUGCUGAAAUGCCAAAAAGUUUUGGUUGUCUACAGAAGAGCAGUUUUGACGAGGUAGAGGGUUUAGUUGAUGGAGCAAACUUAAUUGGUAUUCAGGAAGACCUAACUUUGGAGGAACAUUCUAGUGUAACUAAAUUAAAAGACCACUUUAACAAUCCCCACAUGCAGGAGUCACACAGAUCAACUGCCUGUGAAAAUACAGGCCUAACUAACACUGGAAAAACUCCAUCUGAAAUGGAAACCUAUAGAAAUAAAGAACACGCACAUACUGAAGAAAUAAAACCUUGUGAAUCUCUAAAAAAGUGUUCAGAGAGCAUAGAUGAACUGGUUUUAAAUGGUAAUUUUGCUAGUGGUAAUAUAACAAACUUGUUCAAAGAUUCUCUAGAACAGUUUGACAACUCUUCAGUUCUGCCAGUGUGUCUGUCAGUGAAUAAUAAAAAUCAAGAUCCUGUACAUUUGAAUUCAACAGAAGCAAAAGAUAAUUUGGAAUCUGUGAUUUUACCAAAACAGAGUUCUGCCAUAUUGCCAAUUGCUAAUGAAGAGCUAGCAGUGCUAAACACUGGCAUUGUUAAGAAAUGUUACAAACCUGAAGACAAGAGUAAAGUGUCAUCAAGAGUGCAGAGUGAUGCAGUGAAAGCUGACAUCACAAGCAGCAGCAAGUGUGAUAGCGUUUAUGUGGAAAGCAAUGGAAGCAAGAUUACUGAGGAAUUAAAAAUAAACACAGAAGAACAAGAGGGCUUAACUAAACCUGAGCAUGAACAGUGUAAACAAUCUGGUUAUACUUUGUUACCGAAAAUUGAAAGACCUCUUUCUAAAAUAACUUUGCAAGAACUAGACGAUCUUAAGAAUCAUCAUGCACAGACCCAGGAUGAUUUUUCUGAUAUAAAGCUGCAUACAGAACAAAACGGGAAAAUGGUUGAUAUAUUGAAUUUCAUUAAUUCAUCACUUACUGGAAUCCUAUCCGAGAUGUCCAUAAACCCCAACAAAAAAUCACAUGGGCUUAUUCCUGCUAGUGUGAACAAUGUAAUACAGCAAAAGGAAAGCAAUGUAAAAUUAAAAGAAUAUGCCAAACCCAAGACUUCUCUUACAUUUUCAAAUACACCUAGUAUUGCCACAGUGGAAAAGGACAUAAAAGUAACAGCAGAUGACAUUUGUAAGGAAAGAAAUGUGAGUGUUUGCAAGCCUACAUCUCAUGUUCUUGAAACGGUUAAUAUUUCAUUAGGAAAUGAUUGUAAGGUUAAAUUGUGUUCACAAGAUGUCUUUCAAAAUCAACCAGAAUCUUUAAACAUGAACCUUGAAUGCACAAGGAAGGCAAAUACUUUGCUAUCUGUUAAAGGUGUUGAUUCUAAUGAUAACAAGCUAAUUUUGAGAGACCCUUCUAUCAAAGCAGUGCUAUCUGUUGCUAGUGAUCAUGUUUCAAAGUCAGCGGCCCUUGAAUCCAUUAGUACACUAAAGGCUGAUCCAAAGAAUGAUGUAAUGAAUUCUUAUAUAAGCAACUCCAAUAAAAGUCCUAAAGCAUCUCCUGAUGAAUUGGAUUCUGAUAUUUCAACAGGAAAUGUUUCUCUUCAUCUACAUACCAGUAGUGAACCAGUUGUGAAAAAGAUAAGCAAAGUACUCUGCCCCUUGGAAGAAAAUCAAUUGAAAGUAAAUCCUGAUAUUAAACUGAAAUAUUUAGAAGGCAGCCAAAUAAGUCAAAUGACCAAAGGUAAUUUAAACAUCCAAGAUACAAAUACAUGCCUUGCAAGUGAUGAUGAUGAAUCAGAUGAUGAUGUUCUUGUGCGUAAAGUCAGCUUCAAAAAUAUUUGCUCAACCAAUCUCUCUAAAACCAGCUUUAGCAUUGAAAUGAAUUCAUGUACUGUUGUAGAUGAUCAUACUAAUAACAACCAUCCGAGUGGAUACGAAAAUCAGUCAAAGAUAUUUGAAGCUGAUAAAUUAGUGGAUUACUUGAAAAAAGGAGCUGACUUAGACAAAGGUACACCAAGUAAGAGUAUUCUGAGAGAGGCGUUCAUGCCCCCUGUGUUUUGUAAUUCAAAUAUACAAUCCAAUGAAAAGUGUGUGAGUAAUCCAAAUCAAAACCGAAUAAAAGAACCCAAAUUUCCUGUUGCAAGUCCUACUCCUGAGAUGCUGAAACCAGAUGCUAUUGAACUUAAAGUUAGCACAUUUGUACAACUAGGCAAUUCAAUCCCUGCACCUUUAUCUAAAGACUUGAUAGAUGGUGAAAGCACUGUUUCCAAGAAAUCAGAAGCAAAAUGUUGUAAUGCAUCUUCUUGCAAAUUACAAACUCCAAGUGCUAAUCUUGCUGGACAGUGCACUACUCAUGCAGAAAAUUGUAGAAAAAAUAUUCCUGGUAAAAACCUCAUAUGGAAUUUUGAUAGGUCAGAUUUUGGUUGUGAAACAGUUUACAUUCCUUCAAAGCAGUAUAACACAAAUAUGGAAAGAAAGUCUAUUAGUUCAAGAUCUAGCUCACAAGAACAAUGUAGUAUAAAUACACAAUCAGAUUCAAAGGAUCUUAAUAUUUUGACACAAUCUGUCCCUGAGACUCUAGCAAGUACAACAGAAAACUGUCCCUCACACAAAAUUUCACAUGGUAGAUCUCAUUCACAAAAUGCUUCUGUAGGACAAACCAUUUUGGCUAAUGCAGAUACAUCCACCAAAACCGAUCUUUCACCUGAAAUGUUAAAUAAGGUGAGGUCUGAAAUGGGUCCACCACUUCCACCAUUACUGGGCCCUUUGCUACCAACUCCUCCUAGAAGCCUAAAACCAUUAUCCCCUGGGUUUUCCUCCUCAAGUCGUUCAUCCUUGCCAUCUCCUCUUGAUGACUUUAUUUCCCCUUUGCGGGCAACUCCUAUUCCUCCACUCGUGUCUCCUUUAUCUGAUAACCGGAGACGCAAAUCACCUAUUUUUACUACACCGUCCCCUUCAGAGAAAGAAGACAGUAGAAUUUUGUCUUCACCUUUGCAGUUUUGUGCAGCUACCCCAAAACAUGCACUUCCUGUCCCAGGCAGGUUGCCACCCUCUGCAGCUGGAGGUUCAAUAUCCAGUGUUCAAGAGAACUCUGUAAAAAUCUUGGAUACCAUGUAUCCAGAGUUGUCUGCCCGGGCAAGAACAUUGAAUAUUCUUAAAGGUAAUGUUCAACUCAACAGGUGUUUACCUGGAGAUUGCAAAAGUGUGCUUGUGAACCAGAUAACUGGCUUCAAGGCAAUUACAUCCAGUUCAACAGCAUUCAUUAAAACUGGAAGCAACUCUAAAACGAAUGUCAAAGACAAACAACGUGCUAGUGAAAGUCCUCAACUGUCUUGUAAUAAAAGAACUACUGCUGGUGUUCCAAUGCCAAAAAGUGCCAAACGUUUGCGUCUUGACAGUGAAUCUCCUGGCACAGAAAGCAUUAAAGACUGUUUCCCAAUUCCAGCAAAUAAGGUUCCAGUAGGAAAAAAACAAGUAGAGUCUUUCAACAUUGGGUAUUGUAAUUCUAAGUCACAAAAAGAAAUUGCAAAGGACCAGCAAGUUGAUGAUGCUGUGUCGAACGCCCUCAAGAAAAUAGAGGAAUUGUGCUUUGAUCUUUUUCCUGUGAUCCGGAGUCAUGUGUUUGUGGGGACUAUUCCCAACAUACCAGUGAUGAGAAAUGAGGAAAAGGAAGUAAUCUAUGAAUUCAGCAGAACUAGAAAGGUAAGUUUGCCCCAUACAACCAAUAACUAUCUCAAAGUUCUAGUGACAAAAAUUUUAUUGACUUUUAUUUUGGUCAAUUUGGGUAUGUUUAAAUGUGAGUUUAAAGUGUCAGUACCAUGCAGAAGCUACCUUUUCCUAUUGUUUCCUUUUCCAUUCUCACAAUCUGUUCUUCUUUUCUUCAUGUCUGAUCUAGUUUUCUUUAAAACAUAAGAUAAAGUAGGGACUAUUGUGGGGAUAUUUAUGGGAUGAUAAUAAUAAACAGUCGAGAAUUGCCCACCAUUGCAAUUCUCUUAGAUCUUAGAGAUCGUUUAUCAUGUAAGUGAAAAGUAUUCCAUACAAUUAAGAUCACAAUGUGUUAUAAAAAUAGAUUUAAUUUAUUGUGACAUAUAACAUAACAAUAAUAUUAGGCAGCAUGCAUGAUAUUAAUCAGUGAAUAUUUAGUAUAACAUAAGUAUGCAAUACAAUGGAAUGGCUAUACACGUUCCAAUGGCUAACAGCAUCAUCUGUCACUUAAGAUUUAUGAGGGUACUUGAUGGACAAAUGUAAAGCUUCACACAGCGAAAAGCCAUAAAACCUUGGCUAACAGUUAAAUCAACUGAGUAACCCUUUCAAUGCUGGCUAGAUCCUCCUAGGCAUAUAGUAUCCUAUUCUCCUGUGAUUCUAAAUUAAAAUAACAUUCAGACCAGCUCAUUAAUCAUUUCCUGGAACCAUCCAAUAAGAAUAAUCUACCAGAUUUUUUACAAAAGCCGAAUUUUAAUUUGCCUAAAAAGAUAUCUUAUCUUAUAUUAGAGCAAAUCAAUACACCUGGAUAAAAACAGCGGAAUGCUAACACGUGAUCCUAUCACAUUAAUAUAUAAUUAUUCUUAAUUCCACCUGCAGUAUCGAAUGUUUAUAGCUAUAUAUUCUUUAGUUAACUAAGAUUUGUAAAUAUUGAAACCUGACAGUGAUUUAUCCAGUCAUAUAUCAUGCUAUUAGUAAAUUUUAAUUAAUUUAAAUUAAUUAAAUAAAACCAGCAUAAAUACCAGUUAUGUAGAUAUUCUCAUCAGAUGAGUAGGUAGUCCCAGGAACUUGAUUGGUUGUAUGGAGGUGAUUGAGUGAUAGAGAAAAGUGGUGUUGGUUAGAAAGUCAGAGUAAAAUUCUAAGUGUCAAAGAGUUUGAGUUGAGUGUCCAAGAGAGUUUAAGAGUAGAGUGUUAGUCCCAGAGAAUGUUUCUUGAGUCUCUCUCUGCAUGUCCAAAUCGAUUGCCCAAACUCCAACUCGUCUCUCUACCAACCAACUUCUCUUCCCUUUGUCCUAACUUUUAAAGGGCCAGUCUCUCUGUACGUCAUGAGUUGAUAAGCCAAUAGGAAACUGUAGAUGGGUUCAAUCGAUGGAUCGCAAUUUAGGUAUUUGAUCCAUAGAGGGCAGUCUUGCCUAACUAAACCUUCUUAUCCAGGAAAGAGUUAACUUUUCCUGAUGACGAUUUUGACGUCCUUUGGCUUAUCUAAAAUGACUACCAUAACUUAAAUUUGCUGUCAGUUCAAAGCGUUUGUCUCAGUCUUUGUGGCAACUACUUUGAUCGUAAUUUCUAAAAUUGACCGUUCUAAACUCAAUUUCACCCCUUACUUACAAUGGAACCUUGUAAAAUUUAGAAAGUAAUAUUAAUUACUUAGUCUUCUCUAUCACUAGUGUCUGUUUAUAUAAUGCAUUCCUUAGCUCAAGCUCAGUGAAAUCAAGGAAAUUGUGUCUUUGUUAUCCUGAUAGCAAAAUGGAGUCUGCUCUGUUCUGAGUGACUCUGGCAAUAUACACUUUUAAUUUCUUUCUUAGCACAAAAUGUCUGCUGAUAUAAAUAUCCUGACACUAUUCUGUCUUAUGUAUUUUUAUUAUGCCUGACAUUCAUGACCCAAUCAGGAGUUUAAGUCACUCCAUUUCCUGUAUGAAAAAGAGUGAGUACUUUCUUUGACACAGGAAAUUAAGUUGUCUUAAGGUCCUCCUUUGGUCAAAGAAAGUCAAAUGUAGGAAAAAUACAUAAAACAAAAUAUUCCCUACAUUGUUUAAAGAAAACUAGAUCAGAAAUAAAGAAAAGAACAGAUUCUGACAGAGGAAGAGAAGAAGAAACAAUAGGAGAAAGGUAAGUUUGGCAUGGCAGUGCCACUUUAAACUAUUUAAGCUGCUAUUGAAAGAGUUCACCUUUGCUGGUCACGUUGCAGUUUUUAAGGGUCUGAAAUGAUCCAUCCUACUGGUCUAUGGAAAGGUUUUUCUUGAAGUUUGACAUAUAUUGAGGAUGCCCCAGGUUCCUGUGGCCUGGCCCCUCACUCACAGUAUUGCUGAGGCAAAGGUUCCACUUACACAUUAGCAAUAACAAUUUUGUUCAAUUUUUGAUGGCGUUGAUUGGUUGAGUGAGUGUGCCGAUAUGCUAAAUGUUGUAAAAAUGUUGACCUAGCUAAUGCUGAAGUGGAACUUCUAAAUGAACUAUAAGGCAAGCAAAGAGCCAGGGUGGUUCUCUGUGAAACCCCCAAUGGUUUAACAGAGAACCAGGGGAUGGUAUUCGUAAACCUUAAAUCACUUACCACUACAAAGGAUUGUACUGGUUUUGGUACAUUAAAAGUACACUAUAGUAACCACAGCAUUAGCUUAAUCCCUUAAUGCUGUUACGGCGUUCUAUGCUGUCCUGCAUUAAUUGGGCUUUAAUGCCAUUGCGGCAGCAUAGAACACUGUAACGGCUUUGAGCCCCUCGGGGCCUUGUGAUCAUUUUCUCAAAGAGUUCAAAGAUGUGUAUAUGUAACUUCAUACUUAGUGUAUUUUAAUAAUACAAGUACAUAUACUAAUAUUAAAAUAAACUUAGAAUGAAGUUACAUAUAUAUAUUACAUAUAUUUGAUAUAGCUGUAUACGUUUAAAUGUCUUUCAAAAUUGUGAAUUGUAUUACAGCGAUGAUAUUGUCAGUGAAAGUGACUUUUUUGCAUUUUUCACAGACAAAUGGCACUUUCACUGACGAUAUUAUUGUUGUGACACGUUUUACUGUUUUGAAACACUAUUUGUGUUCAGUGUAGUCUCCCGAGUAUAACAGUACCCCCCCAUGUACAGUUUUAAUGGGGUUCGUUUGUUCCUUUAAUUACACAUGGGAGGCUCCUGCAAGAUCUAGCAAGUCAUUAACAGUGCAAGAGAUAAGAAAUUCCAACAAACAUAAUUUGCAAUGAAGGAAGUGCAAACAUAACAUCUUACUUUACAGAAAGUGUUUAGAAUGACUGUGUAAGUCACAUGCAGGGAUGGUGUGCCUGGGGCUGCAUAGACAAAAUGAUCUUCUAAGUGGCAGAGAAUUGAGCAGUGAGACAGCAGGUGUACAAUCUAUGCACCAAAACUGCUUCAAUAAGUUUAAAGUUGUUUUGGUGACUAUAGUGUCCCAUUAACCCCUUAAGGACCAAACUUCUGGAAUAAAAGGGAAUCAUGACAUGUCACACGUCAUGUGUCCUUAAGGGGUUAAAGGACCACUAGUGCCAGAAAAACAAACUAGUUUUCCUGGUACUAUGUAGUCCUUAGGUCCCCCCUCCCCUGCUGGGCUGAAGGGGUUCAAACCCCGUCAGCCACUUACCUUUCUCCAGCGCCGGGCUCCCUUGGCACUGGGGAACUCUCCUCCUCCUGCCGAUGCACGCACAUUCAAACCGCCCAUAGCAAAGCAUUACUCAAUGCUUUCCUAUGGACGUCAGCGUCGUCUCACUGUGAUUUUUGCAAUGAGAAUCGCGGAAGACAGCCACUAGAGGCUGGAUUAAACUUGCAGUGUAAACAUAGCAGGUUCUCUGAAACUGUUUUCAGUUGCAGGGUUAAAACUAGAGGGACCUGGCACCCAGACCACUUCAUUGAGUUGAAGUGGUGUGGAUGCCUAUGUUAUUCAAAGUUUCCUUUUAUAGGGAUAAAAAGGAAAUACAUUUCCAGUACAAUAGAAUACUCUUGUUCAGUGGUACAUAAAUUACUCCUAAAUCGAUAGGAUUAUAUAACCUCAUAUUGAUGGGUUAGUGGGCAUAUGCUCUCCUUCGUUUAACACAUUGUUUCACUGAUUCCUUAGAGUGCUAAUCUCCAAGGGAAAUCACUGUGUGAUUAUGUGGCAGCAAGUGUCCUGCUUAUGUUUUCUACUCUUGAGUGGAUCAUAAUUGUAGCAAUCUCCAGAAGUGAGUGCAGCUGUAAAACGUCCCCCUUUCUGUGAUUUUAAAGGAGACAUGUUUUAUAUUCUUGCUGUCUGAAAUCUGUGCAAUGCCACACAACUAUUAUCUUUCCUUUCUCCAUUGAAUAGCAUUUUGGUAUCUUUUAUUAAUUUUUUUUUUUUUUUUUAGGCUUUAUUUUUAUUUUAUUUUAUUUUUAUAAUUCUUUAUUUUGUCAAUGACAGAUAUAAUUAUGCAAUGCAAUUUUGUGGCUUGCGCAGAAGCCGCGAUAUCAUUCAGGCAGCUUACAUGUUAUUUCUGUUACAUCGUUUGUGAUAUACACCGGUCUGUCAUCGUUUUUCAACAAUACAGUAAGAACAACACUUAGAUAACUUAUAACUUAAGAAGUAACUCUUAACUGGGCCUUUAAGUUGCCGUCACGUUGCAGCGGCUUUGGUGUGUUGAACUUAUAAGUCGGGUUACCGGUAGGCCCGACCUUGUAUUAGGGAAAGGGUAGAUUAACCUAAAAAGAGGGGUGAAGAGGGAAGGGGGUGGUCUUGGACGUUUCUAGUGGUCUGCUAGUCAUCUGUGUAGUUAGCCCAUGGUUCCCACACCUUCGUGAAUGCUUUCAUAGAGCCUCUAGGCUUUAUUUUUACGAUGCAUUAAAAUGUGUGUCACUACCUUCAUAAAGUUUCUGUAAAAAAAAUUAAACAUGCCAACCUUAACUCAUUUGCGCAGAUAGGACAUGUCCUUAGGUCUUUGACUGCAUGGGCUUUAGCAAAGUUGGUGCAUUUUAAUGUUUGUGCCCCUUUUAAUCUGACCCUGAUCAGGGUUAAUAUGUCACACCUUUUUUUUUCUCUUAAGGAACACUAUAGGGUCAGGAUGACAAACAUGCAUUCCUGACUCUAUAGUGCUCCUCUCUCUCCCCUCCCAGCACUUAUAAGGCAACUGCCCCAGGAAGCGCCUCAAAUGGCCAUCUAAGGAGUGGCCACUAGAGGUGUCACUAGAGAGCAAUGUAAACACUGCCUUUUCUCUGAAUAGACAGUGUUUACAGAAAAGACUGCAGGGACGGACUAUAGUCACCAGAACAAAUACAAUAAGCUGUAGUUGUUCUGGUGACUACAAUGUCCUUUGAACUUCACUUUAGUUUUUUUAAAUAUAUAGCUCAUCUGUUUCCUCCAUUUCAGUUAUUACACCCAGUGCACCCCUAGAAAUUACCCACAGUAUAACAGUCUACACAAAAUUAGGCCCCUAAUUGACUACUUGUCAAAAUGAAAUCAUAACAUUACACCCAUAACCAAAAUAUCUAAUAUAUAAAAUUAGGCCCUUUUGAAAUUCAAGGGAAGACUGCUUUUUAAGCAGUACAUUCAUCUUUUGUUUCAGUUAUUGUACCGGAGGAUUGUAGGAAGGCAGAUGAUGUUCCUAUAUUUAAAAAGGGUUCAAAAUCCUUGCCUGGAAAUUAUAGACCUGUGAGCUUAACCUCUGUGACUGGGAAAAUAUUUGAAGGGCUAUUAAGGGAUAAUCACGAAUUUAUUGGGAAUAACUUUAUUAGCAAUAAUCAGCAUGGUUUUAUGUCGAACUAACCUAAUUGCAUUCUACGAAGUAGUAAGUAGAAGGGUGUUGCAGUGGAUGUGAUCUACUUGAAUUUUGCCAAGGCAUUUGAUACGGUUCCUCACGAUAGGUUAGUGUUCAAACUAAAAGAAAUUGGUCUAGAUGAAUAUUCUUGUUCUUGGGUAGAACAUUGGCUUAAAAACAGAGUACAACGAGUUGUCAUUAAUGGUAAAUUUUCAGGCUGGACAAAAGUGGUAAGUGGUGUCCCUCAGGGUUCUGUUUUGGGACUGCUUCUAUUUAACAUAUUUAUAAAUGAUCUUGAAAUAGGCAUUGAAAGCCAUGUAUCAGUGUUUGCAGAUGACACAAAACUUUGUAAAGUAAUAAAAUGUGAGCAGUAUAUUGCUUUGCUGCAGAGGGAUUUGGAUAGAUUGGGGGACUGGGCACUAAAAUGGCAGAUUAAAUUUAACGUAGAGCAAUGCAAAGUUAUGCACUUCAGGGUUAAGAAUGCACAAGCAAUUUACACCCUAAAUGGUAGUGAACUAGAGAUAACCACACACAAGAAGGAUUUGGGAAUUGUUAUAGACAAAUUACGCAGCAAUAUGCAAUGUCAAACUGCAGCUGCUAAGGCCAGUAAGGGUUUGUCAUGUAUAAAUAGGGGCAUAAAUUAUCGGGAUGAAAAUAUAAUUUUGCCUCUAUAAAUCGCUGGUAAGACCAUACUUUAAAUAUGCUGUACAAUUUUGGGCACCUGUUCUAAAGAAAGAUAUCAUGGCACUAGAAAAAGUGCAGAGACGAGCUACAAAAUUGAUUGAAAAGAAUGGUGCAUAUUAGUUAUGAAGAAAGGUUAAAAAAUUGAAAUCUGUUUAGUUUGGAAAACUAAAACUGAGAGGGGAUAUUAUAACAUUAUACAAAUAUAUUCGGGGCCAGUACAAACCAUUAUCUGGAAAUCUAUUCAUAAACAGGGCUAUAUAUAGGACACGAGGUCACACAUUUAGGCUGGAAGAAAGGAGAUUUCAUCUAAGGCAAGGGUUUUUUUGUUUUGCUUUUUUAACAGUAAGAGCAAUAAGUUAUAUGUAAUUUUCUACCUGAAGAGGUGGUUUUAUUUAUCAGAGUCCAUACAGAUGUUUAAACUGCAAUUGGAUAAAUACUUGCAAAAAACAUAACAUACAGGGAUAUAAUUUCUAAUUAGUGGGGUAACAGACAUCUGACUGCUAUUUUGGGUUCAAGAAGGAACUUUUUUUCUUAGUUUAUUGCAAAGUUGGAAGCACUUCAGACUAGGUUUUUUUUGCCUUCAACAGUAAAAACAUAUGUGAGGAAGGCUGAACUUGAUGGACACAAGUCUCUUUUCAGUUAUGUAACCUUACAUCAAAGCGGGCUUACUAUAGAUACAGCUUUAUCUGCGAAUACAUCACCGGUUAUACCUGGCAUUUCAAUUAUUUUUUUAUUUUUGUGUAUGAAAGAAACACACAGUCCUGCAAUGCCCCAACAGCAUCAGCGGGGAUAGCUUUGUUAACCCCCUUAAGACCGGAGGGCGUACUAUAACGCCCUAUUCUAAGCGGCUCUAAACGCUGCCGGGCGUAAUAGUACGCCCUCCGGUCUUUCGGUACUUACCCGGUCGCCGGCGAUCGCGGUGGGGGGGGACUCCCAGGGAGCCCCCCGCGGCACGUCCGUCCGUCCUCGAAGACCCCCGGCCAUGUGAGAGUGGGGUCCCCACAAUCACAUGGCCGGGGGUAGUUGCCUCCUGCAUUGCCAGCAGGGGGGCUGCCUGUAAUGACAGGUGGCCCCCCUGCUGGCUGAAAAUCAAAUUAAAAUAAAUAGUGUAAAAAAAAAAAAAAUAUAUAUAUACUUAGAUCAUAUAUAUAUAUAUAAAUAUCAAAUUACACGUAGACUGAUACUGAUUAAAUAUAUAUAUAAUUAUUGUUAUAUAUAUAUAUAUAUUUAUAUAUAAUAUAAAAAAUAAAAAUGUAAAUACGUUAAAAAAUAAAAUUAAAAAAUAAUAAAAAAAAUAUAUAGAUGUGUUAUUUCGUUCUAACUGUAUUGUGAAAUUAAUAUAUAAAUAUAUCAAAAUACACAUAGAACGAAAUAAUAUAUAUAUCUAUAUACAUAAAUAUAUACGUAUAUAUCACUAUAUAUACCUAUAUAUAAAUAAAAAUAUUUUUUAAAAUUAUAUAGAUAUAUACAUAUAUAUAUAUAUAUACACAUAUGUGUGUGUAUAUAUAUAUAUGUAUAUAUAUAUAUAUAUAUAUUCUACAUAUAUAUUUAUGUAAUAUUUUUACAUAAUUAGGUAUCUUAAUUAAUUACAAUUAGCAGGACCUGCCUGACAACCCAUGCCGAAAGUAAAGGGAAUUUAAUUUGCUAGCACUAUAUUUAACCCUAUAACUUUCCGAGACACCAUAAACCCUGUACAUGGGGGGUACUGUUCUACUCGGGAGACUUCGCUGAACACAAAUAUUAGUGUUUCAAAACAGUAAAAUGUAUUACAACGAUGAUAUCGCCAGUAAAAGUGACGGUUUUUGCAUUUUUCACGCACAAACAGCAUUACACGGACAAUAUUAUUGCUGUGAUACUUUUUACUGUUUUGAAACACAAAUAUUUGUGUUCAGCGAAGUCUCCCGAGUACAACAGUACCCCUCAUGUACAGGUUUUAUGUUGUUUUCAAAAGUUACAGCGUCAAAUAUAAGGCUUGUGUUUCAAUUUUUUCACAUUAAAAUUAGCCAGAUUGGUUACGUUGCCUUUGAGACCCUAUGGUAGCCCAAGAAUGAAAAUUACCCCUAUGAUGGCAUACCAUUUGCAAUAGUAGACAACCCAAGGUAUUGCAAACAGGGUAUGUCCAGUCUUUUUAGUAGCCACUUAGUCACAAACACUGGCCAAAAUUGGCGUUUUUUGCAUUUUUCACACACAAACAAAUACUAACGCUAACUUUGGCCAGUGUUUGUGACCAAAUGGCUACUAAAAAAGACUGGACAUACCCCAUUUGCAAUACCUUGGGUUGUCUACUAUUGCAAAUGGUAUGCCAUUAUGGGUGUAAAUUUCAUUCCCGGGCUACUAUACAGUCUCAAAGGCAACGUAACCAAUCUGGCGAAUUUCAAUUUCAAAUGUAACGUGCUAUAUUUGACCCUGUAACUUCCCAAAAUGCCAUAAAAUCUGUACAUAGGGGGUACUGUCUUACACGUGAGACUUUACUGAAUACAAAUAUGUGUAUUUUUUUGCAGUAAAAGCAAACAGUAUUAUGACAUUGACCGUUAAAAUGUCAUGUAGAACUAAAAAAUUUUUUAAAAAUCGUAUUUUCUCCCAUUUUUUUCAUAUUUAAAUUGUUUCAUAGCUAAAUAUUUGAUAUUAAAUGAAAGCCCUGUUUCCCCUGAAUAAAAUGAUACAUAAUAAGGGUGGGUGCAUUUACUAUGAAAGAGGUGAAUUACGGUUGGACAGACAUGUAGCGCAAAUGCCAGGUUUUGUUUACAUUUUGUUUUGUUCACAACGUGUACAUUUGGCUCCGUCCUUAAGGGGUUAAAGAUAAUACAUAUGUAACAAGGGGGCAUUAUCUAGCAACAACAUAACUUUGUCAUGCAUGUUUACAUAAUAAUUGCUUAACCCCUUCCCGACCGUGUUCAGUUAAGGACCAUUGCGGAAUAUUUCCGUCAUUUACUAAAGUUAAUCCCAGAUCGCGGGGUUAACGGUGCUCCGGUCUGCCUCUGUAUUAGAGGCAGACCAGGAGCACCCGAUCGGGCUGCCCCAGCACUGGUGCUCGCUCUGACAGGUUGUCAGAGCCAGCACAUGUGCUGGAUAUACUGACCUUCCGCCUCCCUGCACUUCCGGGUUCUGUGUGAAGGGCAGGGAGACGGAUCAGUGCUGCUCUUCUCCCUGUGUAAAAAAAAAUUAAAGUUAAAUCCCACCUCGGGUUAAAUUUAUUUUAUUAAAUACUUAAAAAUUAUAUAUUUAGCUAGCUGGGAUGGGUGGAAGUUAGUGGGGAAUUGAGGAAUUUGGUGGUAGGCUAACUAGGGGUUAACGUUAAAAGUUUUAAAAUAAGCUUUAAAAAGGUAAAAUAAAAGUUUUCAAAAAAUGUUUUAGUAACCAAGAAUAGCACACACCAACUUUACAAAAUACACAUGAGAAGUUCUUUGUUAUAAGUUUGUGUGCCAAAAACCCCAAAAAACUAAAUUUUACUCCAAUAUUUAGCAGAGAUUGGCGGUGAAAUGGCUACGUAGAAAGUGUCAAAACAACCUUAGGACAAUAGCCUGUGAUGUCUACUUUAUUUAAAUAUAUACUUAUGUGUGGCAAUUUUUUCUUCUAUGGCUAUUAAGCUUACAAGACAAAGAUACCAAAUUCUAAAAUCGCUCCACAUUAAAAAUUUAUUUUACUCCUUGUGCUUUGUGACCUGUAACUACCAAAAAAAAACUUAAAAUCCCAGACACAUUAUAUAUUCUGUAAAUCUGAACAACUAAAUUAAUUUAUUUUUAACCUGCACUAAUUAGGCACACAUUAUUGCAAAAACUGUACAAAAAACACAAUUUAUUUUUGCAUUUUUCUUUUUUUAAUAAUAAAUAAGCAUUUAUAUAUAUUACAUCAAAUUAAAGCCCUUUCUGUCCUUUAAAAACAGUACAUAAUAUGUCGGUGCAAUAAACGAGAGGGAUGCAAAUUGCAGUUGAAUGCAUACAGCAAGAAAAUGCAAAAAUUUCUUGUCAUUAAGCGUAAGACAAGCUUCUGAAGGGGUUAAAGGAGCACUAUAGUGCCAGGAAAACAAACUAGUUUUCCUGGCUUUAUGUAGUCCAUAGGUCCCCCGUCCCGCUGGGCUGAAGGAAUUUAAACCCAUUAAGCCACUUGUCUUGCUCCAGCACCGUGCUCCCUCGGCGCUGGGGAACUCUACUCCUCCUGCCGACGUCAGCGUGAUUUUCGCAGUGAGAAGCGCCUCUAGCGGCUAUCAGUGAGACAGCCACUAGAGGCUGGAUUAACCCUCAGUGAAUUCUGAGACUGCUAUGUUUACAGCUGCAGGGUUAAAACUAGAGGGACAUGGCACCCAGACCACUUCAUUGAGCUAAAGUGGUCUGGGUGCCUAUAGUGGUCCUUUAAGAUGAGAAUGGUACUGUACUGUGAUUUAUUUAUUGAUUUAAUCAUAUUACAGAGUCCGUUAUAUUUUUGUUCUGCAAUUGAUAUACACGAUUGUCGAGACCUCUUAUCUUAAAUGUAUCAAGCCCUUACACUAACUUUUGUUGUGUGACUCUUCUGACCUCUCAGGAGGGUUGUGUGAUGUAGUAGAGCCCCAAGUUAGGUUCAAGGCUGUUUUAGUGAGGAAGUCUAUAUAGUCCCGGGUACUAUGGUCUCAUCUAUUUUAAGCCAUUGGCUAUUAUCGGUAAUUGAGUCGUGGGCUGUAUCCCAUCAUUCACAUUUAUGCAGGAAAAGUUGUUCUACUAGAUCUACCAGGCUGCCCUGAUUCUUUGGGGACAAACCUCAAAACUGUAUGGGAUUUCCUCUCAUUAAUGAAUAAGGGAUAUCACAUAUGGCUAUGUAAUUUUUUAUACUAGCGCAGAUUUAUUUUAAAAAGGAAUUUUACUUUGAUAUCCCAGCCUGCGGCACCAUGUGGAAGAACCAGAAGUUGAUAGUUGAAAAAAAAAAACACAAAGGCACACCGACUGGUUUGCUCUGUGAUAAGGUACUGACCCUUGCGUACACAGCCAGAAAAGACUUGUACAUGUUGUCCACACUUCAUGAUGAGAAAAAAAAGAUAUAAUUACUAUAUAAUGUACAUAAAAGCAUCCACAGGAAAGCAAUACACUUUCCUGGCAUACACCCUGAAACAUUUUCCGAUUUAUUUUGCCAGCCCCUAAUGCCUUCCUCAAACAAUUAAUUUCGGACACUCUGCUUGUGACUCUGUAAUUCUGGAUUCCUGGCCCUCCGCUUGCCAUGCUUACUCUUUGUCACCUGUCUGAACAGACUUAUUGGCUUGUUUUAUCGAUGAACUGAUUUCUGAAUUCCCUGACCUCGGCCUGUCCGUGUUUGUCACGCUCAGCCAUUAUAAAGUGGCUAGACCAAAACUCAAAAUAGCCCAUUUGGAAUACCCUGGGAUGCCUACUUUUAAAUAUAUGCCAUCAUGUAGGUAAUUUUCUUUCCUGAACUGCCAUUCUGCCUAAAUGGCAACAAAGGCUCUGAGAACCACUUUGUCAAAUGUCCAAGAUAAAAAGGGAAUCUAAUGUUUUUGGCCCUGUGAAUUACCAAUAAAACCUGGAAAGCCAGUACAUGGAGACAUUAUUGCGCUAACAGUUAAAAGAACUAUGAAAUUUCAUGUGAAAAUGUAAUUUGUGUGUGUGACAAAGCACAAAUAAAAGUAUAACUACUAAAUAGGUUCUGCUUUUGUGAUAAAGUGGCUAGAACAAUCCUCUCAAAAUGCCACUUUUGCAAUACUCUGGGUUGCCUGCUUUUCAAAAUGAUAUGCCAUAAUGGUGGAAAUCUUAUUACCUAGGCUGACGUACUCUCUGAAAUGGGGACAUAGGCCCAGAAAAUCACUGUCAAAUUACCAGGUAUGAAGACUGAGACAUUAAGAUGAAUGACAACACAAAUAUAAUAAGAUGCAUGGUAUUUCAGUGUCCUUUGUAUUUUCAAGAGAUUGCAGCUCAUUUUUAACCAGGUGUUUAGAGCAAGUAUCAUAGACAUACAAUUGCUAACUAUAUCAGAUACAAGAAAGCACCAAAUUUGUCAUAUUCUUAAAGGACCACUCUAGGCACCCAGACCACUUCAGCUUAAUGAAGUGGUCUUGGUGCCUGGUCCAGCUAGGGUUAACCCAUUUUUUUUAUUUUUAUAAACAUAGCAGUUUCAAGGGAAACUGCUAAGUUUAUAAAUAGGUUAAUCCAGCCUCUAAAGCUUCUAGGGGCUGUCUUAUUGACAGCCGCUAGAGGCGUUUGCAUGCUUCUCACUGUGAAAAUCACAGUGAGAAGACGCCAGCGUCCAUAGGAAAGCAUUAUGAAUGCUUUCGUAUGAGACUGGCUGCGCACGCAGCUCCUGCCACGCAUGCGCAGUCAGCCGGAGAGGAGGAGGAGAGCUCCCCACCCAUGUGGCCAGGGAGGGUGAGACAUUGCUUUCCAUCCCAGGAGGUCCCAGUGGUGAGAGUGAACACUAGCCUGCAGCUGGUGACGCUAGAGUUCUCUCACAAGGGCAGGGCAUUGCCAUGGAUUGCAAUAACCCUUUUAAAUGAUUGUAGAAUGUGUGCAUUGAGGGUUCAUACCAUCUUACUGAUUAGAUUUAUCCAUCCAGCGUAAAUGGAAUGCUCCCUAUAGUUCUGAAUGCAUUAUGUAGAGAAACAUUUUGGCAAAAAUACUGCUUAGUGGAUCUUCCUGCAAGUGCAGGCAGGCACUAGGAAUUAGUCUUUCCAAUUAAGGAGUUGAUUUUAUAGGAUAAUGACCUGUCCAACAGAUUAUGGGAUGGGUAUCUAAUAUCCAAACAGCAGUUCUGAUCAUCAGAUUGGCUAGUUGGAACUUUAAUUGAUGAGACUUACCCUGUCUGUUACCAUUGUAUACAUGUUUUUAUUGAAACUCCCUGCAUUUUGUCAGCUGAGCCACAAAUCACAAAUGCACCCCAUCUCUCUAGACAUUAAAUGUUCUGGACUGUCCUCAGGGAUCUGUACUUGGACCCAUUCUCUUUAAUAUUUUUAUUAGUGAUAUUGCAGAUAUUGUCUUUUUGCUGAUGAUUCUAAAAUUUGCAACAGGGUUGAUGUUCCAGGAGGGAUAAGUAAAAAAAAAAAAAAAAAUUUCAGAUGACUUACAGGUAGGCAGACAAUGUAAUAGAGCAGCAGGAAAUGCUAGCAGAAUGCUUGGUUGUAUAGGGAGAGGUAUUAGCAGUAGAAAGAGAAGUGGCCAUUGUACAGAACACUGGUGAGACCUCACGUGGAGUAUUGUAUGCAGUACUGGAGACCGUAUCUUCAGAACGAUAUUGAUACUUUAGAGAGAGUUCAGAGAAGAGCUGCUAAACUGGUUCAUGUAUUGCAGGAUAAAACUUACAAGGAAACGUUAAAGGAAUUUAACAUGUAUAGCUUGGAGGAAAGACGAGACGGGGGGAUAUGAUAGAAACAUUUAAAUACAUAAAGGGAAUCAACACAGUAAAGGAGGAGACCAUAUUUCAUGUAGGAAAGCAUUGGAUUGGAUGAGAUUAUCAAUAAUCCAGGUCAGAGGUAGAGGCAAACACUGCUCUGGCCAAUCAGCAUCUUCUCAUAGAGAUGCAAUUAAUCAAUGCAUCUCUAUAGGAAAGUGCAGUGUCUGCAUGCAGAAGGUGGAGACACUGAAUGAAUGGCAGCGCUGCACACAGUAGCCAUCUGAGGAGUGGCCAGUAGAGGGGUCCCUAAGCUGUAACAUAAACACUGCAUUUUCUCUGACAAGACAGUGUUUACUGCAAAUGCAUGAAGGAACUGAUUAUACUCUGCAAAACACAUUAUGUACAUACCUACAAAUCAUGGAACUUCUGUAACAUAACCACAGAGACAUUAGUACAACAAGGCAUCUAUAAUAGUUAUAUUUCAGAAGUAAUCUAUCCUUGCACCCCUUUCUCCUUUUGGUAUAACUACCGUAUUUUUCGCUCCAUAAGACGCACCACACCAUAAGACGCACCUAGUUUUUAGAGGAGGAAACCCAGAAAAAAAAAUAUUCUGAACAAACUGUCCCAUAGUGUUUCUUACUAUGGGACAGUUUGUUCAGAAUAUUAUUUUUUCUCCCCUGUCCCAUAGUGUUCCUUACCACCCACUCCACUCCCCUGUCCCAUGAUCUUUAACCCCCCUUCCCCUGUCCCAUAGUGAUUUUUAACCCCCCUUUCCCCUGUCCCAUAGUGAUUUUUAACCCCUCCUCCCCUGUACCAUAGUGAUUUUUAACCCCUCCUCCUCUGUACCAUAGUGAUUUUUAACCCCUCCUCCCCCUGUCCCAUAGUGAUUUUUAACCCCUCCUCCCCUGUCCCAUAGUGUUCUCCCACCACUGAGUGCGCACUUCCUUUCAGUCCGACCAGAACCUGAAAUUUAAGUUCCUGUACCGCGGUGCGUGCUGUUCUGCCAGCCCACGCCACAAUACAGGUAAGUAAAGCUUCACAUUCGCUCCAUAAGACGCACAGACAUUUCCCCUCACUUUGGAGGGGAAAACAGUGCGUCUUAUGGAGUGAAAAAUACGGUAUACCAAUCAAAACUUUAAAUGGCUCCCUACAACCAUAGACCAAGGAUUCUUGCUAUAUUCAGGACUUCCAGGAAUGUGAUGCAUAGAAAGAAAAACAAUAAGUAUUGAAGCAAAUUAUUCAGUUUAUUCCCUUUAUCAAAAUGUCAGUGGUAGUAUGCAAUAUAAUAAAAUACUAUAAUUUAUGGUAUAAAAACUCAAAUUAAUGUUUUGAUUUCCAAACUGAAUAAGCCUUGUGAAUAGGGCCGGUGCAAGGAGUUUUGCCGCCCAGUGUUUUUUUUUUUUUUUUUCUGAAAAGGCAGCUUGUUUACAUUAAAAAGACUGUAGGGACAGGUUAUAGACACCAGAACCACUACAUUAAGCUGUAGUUGUUCUGGUGACUAUAGUGUCCCUUUAAGCACCGCUGUGCCCAUGACCAGUUAUUUAACUAGACUAAAAUAUUUUACAUAAUUGAUAAUUGUUAAAAUCCACUGCUUAAUUUCCUUAACCACCCACCUUAUAUUUCCUGUUGGAAAAUACAAUAAACCUCAAAUUGAAAUAAAAAAUCCACUGCAUUGCGGUAAAUGUUUAUUGGCUAGUUUUAUUUUCCCUAAAUUACAGCAACUUUUUUAUUUUUUAUUUUUAUUCUUGAUUUUAAUUUGGAAUUUUUAAUUUUAUGUUUUGCUUCCAUUGUCUUUUUAGAUAUGUAAUCUACACAUUUUAAUUUUUCCAGAAUUUGUCAGACCUUUUACUACAUGCUAUUUUAAAGACACUGAAGGCUGAGAAGGCUUCUUUAGACGGCAAAUAUCUUCAAGCUUUUUGCAGAGUUUAUGUUGGAUUAUGCCGUCAGCUUGGUGAUCUGGAAAAGGCCCGUGUCCUGUGUUACAGCAUACUUAAAGAAGGUAAGUGUUUGCUAGCGCAUUAAAUUUUUACACAUUUCGUUUGACUUUUGAUAUGUUUACUUCAUACUUGGUGAAGAGAAACAGACAAAUGAUCAGUGUACCAAAUUAGAUCCUGGGAACUUCAUGAUUGAAUGACAUCUAAAAACAAUCUGUGCACUUUUAAUAAAUAACGAAUAACUAUAUAGCUAAUGCAUUAACGACUUAAAGUGGACAUGUCAUUUAAGUUCUGGCUAUUGUCAAGGUCAGCUUGACUGGAACAUAUAAGGUAAAGUAGUCCCUGCUUUUCUUUGUGUUUUAUAAAAACUAGAGUGAUCAGGGAAAAAAAAACGAUACUCUGAUACGGAGCUACGUAGAAGCAGAUUAAAGUAAUUCUAUUUUUGGUGACGGUUCUACUUUAAGGAUCUCACAUGGUAGGCACCAUAACCACACAACAAAAAUGGUUAUGGUGCCUGGAGUCAUUGGAUACCACAUCACUGAUGAAAGGUUUGCUAACCAUUUAGCAGAGAUGCUUGGUGCCUUCAAUGACCAUAUGCUUUUGUCUUGCGCAUUACCAAUUCAUACCAGAUAUUAGGGAAGCUGACACUCUAGGCCUAUCAGGCACAGCAACACCUGUUAUGGUGUGAAGCAGAAGAUAGCUUCUGCCAUUUCAUUAUUGGAGACCUGGGCUGCUCUCUACUGCAUUCUACUAAACGGUGAUUUAACCAUUUAGUAGAAUACAAAACCUGGGUGCCCAAUGACUCUAGGCACUAAUUAUUUUUUUGAAGAGGGUGUGAUGCCAAGACUGUCCCUUUUAAGGAUCACAAUCCAGUUCAUAAAGACACUGUGCUAGUAUGUAACAGCUCUGCACAGCGCUGAUCCAUUAGCAAAUGUAGCUGCUCCACCCCCCCAACCCCCACCCUGCACAGUUGAAAAAAUAAAAAUAAUUGUGCCAGUAUGUGUCUGUGUGUCAAGGUGUGUAUCUGUGUUGUAUGUGCCGGUGUGUAUCUGUGUGUAUGUAUCUUCAUACAGACUGACACAUAGUGGCACACAGAUACACACACCGUGUGUAUCUGUGUAUGUGUGUAUGUAUCUGUGAGUGUGCCAGUGUGUGUAUCAGAUAUACACACUGGCACAUACAAACGCAGAUACACACACCCAGAUACACACACUUUGACACCCAGAUACACACAAGGUCUAUGUAUCAAGGUGUGUAUCUGUGUUUGUAUGUGCCAGUGUGUAUGAAUCUGACACACAGAUGCACACUGUGUGUCAAGGUGUGUAUCUGUGUGCCAGUGUGUGUAUCAGACACACGUUUGCACAUACGCACGCACAUAUACUGACAGUGUAUAUCUGUGUCCGUGUGUGUGUGUGUGUGUGUGUGUGUGUGUCAAGGUGUGUAUCUGUGUUUGUAUGUGCAUCUGAGAGACACACACACAGAUGCACACUGACAAAGAUACACACAGUAUGUAUCUUUGUGUCAAGGUGUGUGUAUCUGUGUUUGAUACACAGACGCAUACAAUGUGUGUAUAUUUGUGUUUGUAUGUGCCAGUGUGUGUGAAUCUGACGCACAUGUACACACACACACACACACACACACACACAUUGACACAGAUACACCUUGACACACAGAUACAUAUUGUGUGUAUUUGUGUUUGUAUGUGCCAGUGUGUGUGAAUCUGACACACACACACUGGCACAGAUCCACACACCUUGACAGUGUGUAUCUGUGUGUUAAGGUGUAAGUAUCUGUGUUUGUAUGUGCCGGUGUGUGUGUGUAUCUGUGUUUGUAUGUGCCUGUGUGUGUGUGUGUGUGUGUGUAUCAGUGUUUGUAUGUGCCGGUGUGUGUUUGUGUGUUGUCUGUGUGUGUGUCUGUCUGUCUGUCUGUCUGGGUGUGUCUGUCUGUGUCUGUCUGUGUGUGUCUGUCUGUGUGUGUGUCUGUCUGUCUGUCUGUCUGGGUGUGUCUGUCUGUCUGUCUGUCUGGGUGUGUCUGUCUGUCUGUCUGGGUGUGUCUGUCUGUCUGUCUGGGUGUGUCUGUCUGUCUGUCUGGGUGUGUCUGUCUGUCUGUCUGGGUGUGUCUGUCUGUCUGUCUGUCUGUCUGGGUGUGUCUGUCUGUCUGUCUGUCUGGGUGUGUCUGUCUGUCUGUCUGUCUGGGUGUGUCUGUCUGUCUGUCUGUCUGGGUGUGUCUGUCUGUCUGUCUGGGUCUGUCUGUCUGUCUGUCUGGGUCUGCCUGUCUGUCUGGGUGUGUAUCUGCGUGUGUAUGUGUCUGUGUGUGUGUAUCUGUGUUUGUAUGUGCCGUGUGUGUGUAUCUGUGUUUGUAUGUGCCGUGUGUGUAUGUGCCGGUGUGUGUGUGUGUGUGUGUGUCUGUUUGUAUGUGCCGGUGUGUAUCUGACACACAGAUACACACAGGCAAUCGCUCAGAUACACAUACACACACUCUUGCACCAACAGAUACACACAGUGUCGUACACACACUCGUAUGGGCACAUACAAACACACUGAUAUACACUGACACCACACACUCAGAUACACACAGUGACGUAAACAAACCUUGACACACAGAUACACACUGAGGCACAUAUUCUUUGACACACAGAUACUCUCACUGACACAUACUGACAAGUACAUAUACACUCUGACAGACAUACAAACACACUGACACACACACAUACAAUUUAUAAUUUUUUUUUUAACUUUACUCCACCCAGCCUACCUACCUUUGGGAGUGCUGGCAUGGAGUUUCUAUGUCCCGUGGGGCUGCUGGGCUGAGUGUGGGGUCCAGUGGGGCUGCUGAGCGGCUGGCGUGCGGUCCCAGGGGUCCUGUGGGGCUCUAAGUGAUGCCGGAGUAACGUCGUAUUCUGGCUACGGCAUCACUGCUGUGCGCGCAAAUGAGGUGAGCAGGGAGAUCACUGCUCCCUUGCCGCCCAUGGCAAUUUUGUUUCCAGAAAUUUUGGCGGAACCCCAAUUGGGAAACGCUGCUCUAGAGUCAUAGACUAGGCAUGUGUGCUGCAUUAGACAAGGUUCUUAAUAGAGACGAAUAUCCAAGUGUGGGCGGCAUAGAACAUCCCCGCCAUCCUUCAUACUUACUGGUUUCCUGCCGAUCCUACUCUGGUAGUCGCGAUCCUGGGGUCUACCUGGGAGCUCAGACAGACCCCCUCUGCCCGGUGUGUGUGUGUGUGUGUAUAUAUUUACAUUUAUAUGAUAUUUUUGCAUAAUUAAGUCUUUUUAUUAAUUACAAUCUGAGGUACCUGCCCGACAACCCAGGCAGAAAGCCCAGAGAAUUCGUCUCGUAAGCCCUAUAUUUAACCCUGUAACUUUCCAGGGCACCAUAAAACCUGUACAUGUGGGGGGUACUAUUCUACUCAGGAGACUUCACUGAACACAAAUAUUAGUGUUUAAAAACAGUAAAACAUAUAACAACGAUGAUAUGGUCAGUAAAAAUGCAUUUGUUUGCAUUUUUCACACACAAACUGUACUUUCACUGAUGAUAUAAUUGUUGUGAUAUGUUUUACUAUUUUAAAACUCUAAUAUUUGUCUUCAGCUAAGUCUCCUGAGUAUAACAGUACCCCCCAUGUACAGGUUUUAUGGUGUUUUCAAAAGUUAGUCAAAUAUAAGGCUUGAAUUUCCUUUUUUUGAAAUUUGCCAGAUUGGUUAUGUUGCCUUUGAGACUGUAUGAUAGCCCAUGAAUGAGAAUUACCCCCAUGAUGCAUACCAUUUGCAGAAGUAGACAACCCAAGGUAUUGCAAAUGGGGUAUGUCCAGUCUUUUUUAGUAGCCACUAGUAGUCACAAACACUGGGCAAAAUUAGCGUUCAAUUUACCGUAUUUUCCGGUGUAUAAGAGGACUUUUUAACCCAGGAAAAUCUUUCAAAAGUCGGGUGUCGUCUUAUAGGGCGGGCCUAGGCAGCUGCUUAGGGCGCUAUAUAGGAGAGGGCGCAAUAUAGGAGAGGGCGCACUGAGCCCCCAUCGCCGGCCCUUAUAAUGUUGCAGCCGCCUGAGUGCUCUAUAGAGAGCCUCAGACGGCUGCAGGACUGCCUCUCUCCUCACCUCCCCUGUAGCGUGGUCGAGCUCCUUUCUGGUCCGUGGUGCCCAGCUGGAUUGACUGGAAGUGCACACUAAGUGUGCACUUCCUGUCAGUCCAGUCAGGUACAGGAAACAAAAGCUCCUGUACCGCGGACUGGAGAGGAGCUCGGCCACUCUACAGGGGAGGUGAGGAGAACAAAUGGGGGAAUAAGGAGACUUCAGGGGGGGGGGGAAGGAGAAUACAGGGGGGAUAAGGAGAAUGGAAGGUGUGGUGUGUUUUUUUUUGGGGUGUGCGUUGGAAGAGGGGUAGUAGUCUUAUACGGUGAGUAUAUCCCAAACACUAUAUUUUAACUGGAAAAGUUGGAGGUCGUCUUAUACGCCGGAAAAUACGGUAGUUUUUUGCAUUUUUCAUGCAACAAAUAUGGCAGCUAACUUUGGCCAGUGUUUGUGACUAAACUAAGUUGAUACUAAAAAAGACUGGACAUAUAACCUAUUUGUAAUACCUUGGGUUGUCUACUUUUGCAAAUGGUCGUCAUGGGGUUAAUUUUUAUUCAUAGGCUACCAUUUGGUCUCAAAGGCAACAUAACCAGUUUGGCAAAUUUCAGUGUGUAUAAACUGAAAAAUGUAAUGUGCUAUAUUUGACCCUGUGACUUUCCAAAACCCCAUAAAACCUGUACAUUGGGGGUACUGUUUUACCCGUGAGACAUCGCUGAAUACAAAUGUGUACUUUAUUGCAGUAACACCUAACAGUAUUGUGACAUUCACAGUUAAAAUGCCAUGCAAAACAAAAAAAGUCUUAAUUUCUCAAUUUUUUUAAAUAUUUUAUUUAUAUUAAAUUAUGUUUACUCUAAAAAUAUUUGUGACAUGAAAGCCCUGUUUCUCCUGAAAAAAAAUUAUUUAUUAGUGUGGGUGCACAUAAUAUGAAAGAGGUGAAUUACACCUGAACAGACAUAUCGCGAAAAUUCAAGGUUUUGUUUGUUUUCUUUUGAUUACAACUGCCGCAGUCCUUAAAAGGUUAAUCAUCCGUGCUGUAUAGAUCAUGUACCUGCAUCCUCACUGCUCAAUUGUUUGCCUAAUUAGGAGUAAAAAUAACUUUGUUUAUGCAAACCAAGUGACACCUUCACUGGCUUUGACUCAAACAGCCUUCAUAAUGUUUUAUUUUCAAUCAAAUCCUGUUGCACAGUGUGUUUAUUUUAGAUGAUCCCAUCUUCUAUUCUGUUAACUGAACUUUAGUCACAUACAGGAUACUGCUGCAGGCUCUAGCAGGUAAUUAACAGAGCUUGAGAUAAAAUAAUCUGUACAUCAAAACCCCUUCAAGCUAAAAUUGUUAACAUGCUUAGUGUCCCUUAAAUAUUGAACUUCUAAAUAACAGAUUCACUUUUAUGAAUUUGUACAUUUGUCUGAAAGCGCAUGCAGGUUCUAUGCAGUGCUGAACACAUACACUUUAGCUCAUUACAUGUUGGAAGUAAUGCUAGAUCUAAAAAAUAAACUAGAAAAAUGUAAUCAAUGAUUGUCAUUCAAGCAAAACAAGACUGCAUGGUAAUUUUUCCAGACCUCAGUGUUGAUCGGUUAAAUGCUUGUUAUAAACAAUUAAAUUGUUCUAACAUCUCAAAAAAAUUUUAUCUAGAUUUUCAAGAGCCAGAAAAAUUGCUCCUGUUUAUUAUAAGUACAUGGAAUGAUAUGUUUUCUUUACCUGGAAUAAUCAAUAAAGCUGUGCAGGCACUUCUUAAACAACUGGCAAAAGACGAAGUUUUGAUUUGUCUUAGUGCUUACCUAAACUGGGAAAAGGUGAGUACUUCCAAUAUUCAGAUUCCAUGCAUUUGGUCAUUGUUGACUUUUUGGCCCAUCAAGUGUGCUUAUGUUAAAUCUUUGAUAAAGCGUUUUUUUAUUGGUCUUUGUUAUAUUUGUGAACUCCUAUAGCCUUUGCUAUGUAUUUUAAUUUGUUUAGUAUUUGAGCCACGACUAGACUGUACAUUGUAUAAAAAUGUUUCAUCCUUUAUUAUUUUAUUAUUUACAGGUGAUACUCGAAAAAUUAGAAUAUUGUGCAAAAGUUAAUUUAUUUCAGUAAUGCAAGGUAAAAGGGGAAACUAAUAUAUGAGAUAGACGCAUUACAUGCAAAGCAAGUUAAUUCAAGCCGUGAUUUGUCAUAAGUGCGAUUAUUAUGGCUUACAGCUCAUGAAAACCCCAAAUCCACAAUCUCAGUAAAUUUGAAUAUUACAUGCUAUCAAUAAAGCAAGCAGUGUACAUAGAACAAUAUCGGACCUCCGAAAAGUAUAAGCAUGCAUAUGGACUCAGUACUUGGUUUGGGUCCUUUUUGCAGCAAUUACUGCCUCAGUGCGGCGUGGCAUGGAAGCGAUUAACCUUUGGCACUGCUGAAGUGUUAUGGAAGACCAGGAUGCUUCAAUAGCAGCCCUCAGCUCUUCUGCAUUGUUCAGUUUCAUGUCUCUCAUCUUUCUCUUGGCAUUGCCCCAUAGAUGCUCUAUGGGGUUCAGGUCAGGGGAGUUUGCUGGCCAAUCAAGCACAGUAAUCCCACGGUCAUUGAACCAGGCUUUGGUGCUUUUGGCAGUGUGGGCAAGUGCCAAGUCCUGCUGGAAAAUGAAGUCUGCUGCCCAAAUCCCCAAAUCAACACAGACUGUGGAAACUUCACACUGGACUUCAAGCAUCUUGCAGUGUGUGCCUCUCCAUUCUUCCUCCAGACUCUGGGUCUUUGGUUUCCAAAUCAGAUGCAAAAGUUGCUCUCAUCAGAAAAGGGGACUUUGGACCACUGAGCAACAGAACAGGUCUGUUUUUCUUUAGCCCAGGUAAGAUGCUUCUGACGUUUUGUUGUUCAGGAGUGGCUUGACAAGAGGAAUAAGACAUCUGAAAGCGCAUGUCCAGGAUCAGUCUGUGUGUGGUGGCUCUUGAUGCACUGACUCCAGCCUCAGUCCACUCCUUGUGAAAGUCCCCAACACUUUUGAAUGGCCUUUUCCUGACAAUCCUCUCCAGGCUGCGGUCAUCCCUGCUACUUAUGCACCUUUUUCUUCCACACUUUUCCUUUCCACAUAACUUUCUAUUAAUGUGCUUUGAUACAGCACUUUGGGAACAUCCAACUUCAUUCGCAAUUACCUUUUGAGACUUUCCCUCUUUAUGGAGGGUGUCAGUGAUGGUUUUCUGCACAACUGUCAGGUCUUCGCCAUGAUUGUGAUUCCUACUGAACCAGACUGAGACCAUUUAACCCCUUGACGAGUGACGGACAAGGUCCGUCACUCAGGGGAUUGCCAUAGCAACAAGUGACGGACCUCGUCCAUCACCCGUUAAAAUUAACCCUGGAUCGCUGCUAUUGCAGCGAUCGCGAGGUUAAUGGUGCUCCGGUCUGCCUCUGUAUUAGAGGCAGACUGGGAGUACCCGAUAGUGCUGCCCCAGCACAUGUGCUCAGUAUACUUACCUUCUGCCUCCCUGCACUUCCUGGUUCUGUGUGAAGUGCAGGGAGCCGGAACAGCGAUGACUCUGCCCCCUGUUAAAAAAUAAAAAUAGUUUAUUUAAAAUCCCACACCCCUUAACUUUUUACCCAGUCCAAAUAAAAAUUAACCCCUUCCCUGCCAGUCGAUCACUGCCUACAGUGAUUAAAAUACAGAUUACAGUAUUAUACUGUGGUCUAAUUUUUUUUAACCCCUGAGGAUUAAUUUUUAUUUAUUUUUUAACCCUCAGGGGUUCAAUUUAAUUAAUUAAAAUAUUUUAUAAUUAUAUAUUUUGCUAGCUGGGGUGGGUGGGAGUUAUGAGAAAAUGGGGAAUUUACUGAUAGUGCUGCUUACUGCUAGUAAGGGGUUAACGGUAAAAAAAAAAGCUUAGAAAAAUGUUAAAUCUGUAAAAAAAAAAAAAAAAAAAGUUUUAAGAAACAAAAAAUUAAUAAGCAAAACAAAAGUUUAAAAACUAGUUUUCAAAAGUAAAAAAAGUUUAAAGUUAAAAAACAAAAAAAAUACAUUUAAAAACGCUCAUUACCACUACACCUGGAACAAACUAGAGAAAAAAAUGAUCCCACGCCAAGGUUCAAAAUAUGCCUUUUGAAUUACCCCAGGGUGUAUUCUUUAAUAAAUAGUAUGUGUUUGUGGGAAGUUUCAAUAACCAUCUAAACUACUCCAAAUUGGAACAUAGACACAGCGUAAAACUUCAAAGUUAGAAAAAAACUAGCUGCAUCUCAAAUGCGCCCCUUCAAUAUCCACAUAUACCUGGCAAAGGUACAUACGGGGGUAUUGCUGUACUCAGACAUAGCUGAGCAACAUAUGAAGUAUUAUACAGUCGUAGCACACAUAAGGUUUGCAAAAUAUACUGUGCAAACUCACUUUGUGUGUCAAAAAGGCAGAAAAAACACUUAUUACCACUACACUUUGUACAAGUUAGUGGAAAUAUGAUCCCACACUAAGGUUCAAAAUAUGCCUUUUGAAAUACCCUGGGGUGUCUACUUUAAGAAAUGGUAGGCCUUUGUGGGGUAGUUUGAAUUUAAACCCUGCUAAGAUGCUUGGAAAUUGCACAUACGCCCAGCGUCAAAAUUCAAAGUUCGGUAAAAACUGAUAUGGCUUGGUCUCCUAUAUGGCACUGUAGCUUCACGAAAUAGUGCCAAUGACAUUCAUUGGGGGUGUCUUUUUACUCAGAAGACUUAGCCGAGCAUAAUUUGGGGGGUUUGAACUUAGUGGAACAUGUGAAAUAUACAAAAUGCCCAGCUAAAAUGCAAUCCAUAUGUAAAAAACGCACAAAAUUAUUUCACAUACUUUAGCAUAUAUUGGUGAAAAAAUGGGGGCAUGUUAAGGCACAAUAUGCACCUUAUGAGAUACCCUGGAGUGUCUACUUUUACAAAUGGUAUGCCUUCGUGGUUUUUUUUUUUUGGUUUUUUUUUUGAACAGUUAAACUGGUAUACCCCAAAUGGAAGCAUAGGCUCAUUAAAUCCGUCUCUCAAAAUUUUACUGUGAAUACUGAAAAGGACAGGUCUCCUAUAUGGCACUGUAACUUCAUGAAAUAGUGCCAAAGACAUACAACGGGGGUGUCAUUUUACUCAGCAGAUGUAACUGAACACAAAAUAAAACUUUGUACAUGAAUAGCACACACCAACAUUACAAAAUACACAUGAUAAUUUCUUUGUUAUAAGUUUGUGUGCCAAAAAACAAAAAAAAACACACUUUUACUCCUAUAUUUAGCAGAGGUUGGCGGUGAAAUGGCUACAUAGAAAGUGUCAAAACAACCCUAGGUAAAUAGCCUGUGAUGUCUACUUUAUUUAAAUAUAUACUUUUGUGUGGCAAUUUUGUUUGUUUUUUAUGGCUAUUAAGCUUACAAGACAAACAUACCAAAUUCUAAAAUUGCUCCACAUUAAAAGUUUAUUUAAAAUCCCAGACACAUUAUAUAUUCUGUAAAUCAGAACUAAAUGAAUUUAUUUUUAAUUACUUUGCUUAACCUGCACUAAUUAUGCACACAUUAUUGCAAAAACUGUAAAAAAAAAAAAAACACUAAAAUCUUAAUUUUUUUGCUUUUUUCUGUAUUUUUUUUUUUAUAAUAAGCAUUCAUAUGUGUGUGUGUUACAUCAAAUUAAAGCCCUUUCUGUCCUUUAAAAAAACGAUAUAUAAUAUGUGUCUAUGCAAUAAGUUAGUAAAAUGCAAAUUGCAGUUGAACGCAAAAAAUGAAAAAAAUGCUGUUGUCAUUAAGUGAAAGACAAGCUUCUGAAGCUCUGUCCUUAAGGGGUUAGAGGCUCAGAAAACCUUUGCAGGUGUUAUGGCUCACUUAGCUGAUUAGGAUGGGACACUGUGAGCCUAGAAUAUUGCACCUUUUCAAAAUCUAAUUUACUGAGAUUGUGGAUUUGGGGUUUUCAUGCGCUGUAAGCCAUAAUCAUCGCACUUAUGACAAAUCACGGCUUGAACUAUCUUGUUUUGCAUGUAAUGCGUCUAUCUCAUAUAUUAGUUUCCCCUUUUACCUUGCAUUACUGAAAUAAAUUAACUUUUGCACGAUAUUCUAAUUUUUCUAGUAUCACCUGUAUAUAGUGCCAGCAAAUUCCAUAGCGCUGUACAACAGGUGGACUAACAGACAUGUAACUUUAAAGGACCACUAUAGUGCCAGGAAAACAUACUCGUUUUCCUGGCACUAUAGUGCCCUGAGGGUGCCCCCACCCCUUUAUGGUCCCCCUCCCGCCGGGCUCUGGGGAGAGGAAAGGGGUUAAAACUUACCUUUCUCCAGCGCCGGGCGGGGAGCUCUCCGCCUCCUCUCUUCCUCCUCUCCUCUCUUUCGGCUGAGCAUUCAGCCGGUCUCAUAGGAAAGCAUUUACAAUGCUUUCCUAUGGACGCUUGCGUGUUCUCACUGUGAUUUUCACAGUGAGAAUCACGCAAGCGCCUCUAGCGGCUGUCAAUGAGACAGCCACUAGAGGAUUUGAGGGCUGGAUUAACCCAUUUAUAAACAUAGUUUCUCUGAAACUGCUAUAUUUAUAAAAAAAAAAAAAAUGGGUUAACCCUAGCUGGACCUGGCACCCAGACCACUUCAUUAAGCUGAAGUGGUCUGGGUGCCUAGAGUGGUCCUUUAACCAGACAAAUGGAUGCACAAGAACAGAGGGGUUGAGAGCCCUGCUCAAUGAGCUUACAUGUUAGAGGGAGUGGGGUAAAGUGACAAAAAAGGGUAUAAGUAGGGGUAAAGAAAUAGGUUGUUAGAAAAGUAUUCACUGCUCCAGUAGAUAAUAGCUGUCUUGCAAAAGUCUCCUCCUCUUACUUUAUCCAUAAUUCGUCUCAAAGAAACCCAACCAUUCUCAAUCCUGUGUGCUCUCACAAAUGUAAACCAUACACACAGCACUGUUUUGUUUUUUUUUAUUUUUUUUUAUUCUUUUAAAUAGAGAUUAAAAUUAAGCAGGAUUUUUCCAGAUCCGCUAUUUUGGUUAAUUUUUGCCAUUUAUAUUUUUAUUUGGUACAAUUGGUAGAUUAGCAGACUGUCAAACACUCGCAGCUCUAUGUUCAAAGUCAGGAUGAUGAGGUAGUACAGAGUCUCAGAAGUUCUUUGUUCUUCAUUAUCAUCUGGCCUGAUUCACACAGUCACGAAGUCCAAUUUAGAUUAUUAUUUUUUUUUGUGGAGAUUAACUUCUACUAAAGCCUCCAAAUCGGGUGAUAUUGUUAUAAGUAGAUUAGAAGACUCCCCUGAAGAAUCCGUUGGAUUUAGACUGACCUUCACUGUCCCAUCUUAUAAAACACACCUAUAGAAGUAAAAAAAAAAAAAAUAAGAUUCCAUGACAGAGGUGUUUACAAGUACUUCUAAAUACCUAUUGUAUAGUGGUAACAAAAACUGCAAAAGAGGAAAAAACUGAUCUCGUAUGGAUUUAUUUAAUAACAAAUUGACUAGAAAGGUAAAAUUGUACUCCCUAAACAAGUAUAGUAGAGCGUGUCCCCAUCUGUCAGUGGUAACUAGGGCACAACUUAACAUGAUAAAAUCUACCACUGAAUUUAUCCACGUUUCCUUUGGUAGAGGGCAAUAGCAUACGUAGAAAGAAUGGCCACAAUAGUGUGAUCUUGAACAUACACCUAGCAAAUAUGUCAACAUAUAUAUUCAAAAAUAUGUAAAUAAAAAACAUAUCGUAAUAAGUCAAAGGCACAGACUCUCCCGGCAAAACCAUAGGUGUUCAGCACCCAUCUAUUUUUCGCGGAUGUCAGCCCUAAGCAAAGAAGUACAAACAAGAACAAAUCUAAAACACACUGCAAUAAUUCCUACACAUUUCACCUCCAUGUACAGACUUUAAACUAACAGUCAACUCUAAAGUCUGCAGAUGAAGCACAUAGGAUUUAAUUGCAGUGUGUUUUGUUUGGUUUUUAUUUGUACUUUACAAACACUCUGUACAUGCACAAGCUGUAAUUUCCCAAUUUUGUCAGGAGAUGCUAAAUAAGGAUAUUAAUCUAGCCCUGUAAACCAAAAACUGGGUGGGGGAUUUGCAGAAUGUGCUGGAUGGAUGCUUUCGGACUAUAAUAGGUCUAAAGAAAUCCUACCUUGGUAUUCGUGUCAGCCACUAAAGCUUUCACAAAGCCUGGUUUCUUGAGUUUUAAAGCCAUUUUCAUGAGUUUUGUCCUUAUUGAUAUAUACAGAUAGAAACUAAAAUGACAGCUUGCAGCAUGUGGCCCUAUAUGAUUUAUUCCUAUGUCUUAAAUUUAAUUUAUUAAUUUCCAGGUUACUUCAAUUACAUAAAGUUGAAUAGCCUAAUGUUGGCAUAAUUGGGUAUGGUUCUGUACACAUAACUAAAGUGAACAAAUUGGAAGUUGAUUUACUUGCCCAGCACCAGUUCUGCCAGUUUGUGUUUUCCAAGAAAGUGUCUGGCAAAGUGAGAGGAAUUUUAUGAUUUGUUCUAAAUAAAAUAUUAUUCUGUUAGAAGCAAUGACCCUUGCACAUCUGUCUUACGUAAUUCAGAUUGAUUUAUCGCUGACAGAUGUGCUUUUUCAAAUAUCUUAAUAUUGCACUGGGCCUACUAAUUAUGGUUUCAUGUCCUGCAACAGCAUGGAGACUUUGUAUUAUACAGAUUUGAAACACAAUGGAUUGUUUGACAGGAGGGACACUUCAAUAAUAAGAUAUUUCUAUAAUGGAUAAUUAUAUUCUAUUUUCAGAAUCCUCCCAUGCCUGUGGCAACUAUUUUGUCCAGUGUUCUGAUGGCUAUACAACUUUGUCCUGAUGUCAAAUUUCAAGCAAGCAAGGAAUUUGGAGAAGAUCUGACUGAACCCAUCUGGGAGUAUGUGUUUGCCGUAGAUCUGUUGUGCUGUCACCGUAAAUGGAUGUGGACACAUGAUCAAGUUAUACGGUAAUGUUGCUUACUUCUUGAUAUUACUGGGAUGAUUUAUUUAUAUUGUCCAAAGAUCAAAUAGUUAGAAUUUUUGCCAUUUUAUUACUCAGUCCUAAUAAUUGUUGUGCAAUGAACGCUAGCAUGUUUUUCACAAUGACAUGACACCAUGACAUUUUCCAACUUGAAAGAAAUUGUGCUAUUGGUUUAUCUGCCCCCUCCCCCCAAAAUCACAUUUGCUAUGACUUAUCUAGAGCAAAGGUAAAGGGACAAAAAGUCUUGUUUCAAGAAAUGGUAGAAAGAAAAUGCACAAGAUAUCAAAAAGUUGUGGAAAAUAUCCUGAGAAAAGAAGCUCUUACUCAGCACAUCUGGUGUUGGGGAUGGUGGAUUCAUUUUGAAAACAAUCUAACGCUUAAACUGUUAAAACAUGAAUUUUUUUAUUUUUUUUGUGAUGCCUCAUUGGAAAGCCUAUGGUUUGCUUCUAGACCUCUGACUUUAUCAACGGUGGCUUACAAAGCAGUGUAGUUAAAUUCAUGGUCAACGGAUUCAGCUUUUAAGAGUUCUGUGUAAACUCCCAUUUGAAGAUUCAUUCCAGGCAAAGCUCUGGAAUAACUUAUCAAGCAGAUGGAUGAAGGCUAAUAACAUUGUUUUAAAAAAAAAAAAAAAACUGACCGGAAAAGAAAAAUGACAAAUGGAAAAAAAAUUCUUCUUUUCGAAAGGAUGCAGAUAACCAGGUGUAUGGUUUAUAAAAUGCUCUUCAACAGAAUAUCUUGAAAAUCAUCUAGAAGUCUUUAUUGUAAUCUUAGAAUACAGUUGAUUCUAAACUGGGAGGCGGGGUGUGGGGUAGAGAAUCAUUUUUAUCACCCACAAAAAACUUCUAGGUAAUCUAAUAAACACAGAUUUCAUGAAGGGUUUUUUGUUUUUUGGUUUUCUCCCAGCAACAAGUAUUAGGCUCCAGUCUGCAAUUUUUUUUUUCUGUGACAUUUCUUGGCUACAUGGCAGCAUAGUGGGCAAAAGCUCAUUUAAGACCCCUUCCGGCACACAUUUUAAAACUGUGGAACAGGCAUAUUCCAGAAUAUUAAUUCCAUAAAAUAGUCACUCAUGUAGUGUAUCAAAUCUCUGUUUUUGGUCCUAGGCAAUUUUUAUUUUAUUUAUUUAUUGCAAAUUCUCAGCAAACCAUAAUUAUGAUGAACAAGAUACUGCUUAGGGGAUAUGGAACAGAUAAGUAACAUUCAACCUUCAGUAGUGAAGUGCGUUUUGGCAGGCUAUCCUAGAAUUUGCAACAAAAAUUAGGGGCAUGGAUGUCUGUAUCAGUCCAGACAAUAUUACAGCUGUGGCCAACCUGAAUCGUCAGGAAAUACUUUUUUCACAAAUAAUGGAAUGGGAAGAGAUGUUCCUCAAUUCAGUACAUCAGAGGCUCAGAAAAUAGUAGCACACAAAUUGUCAAGGGAAUUGGACCCAAAAGGACUGUUCGCGGUUUAAAGGGACACUAUAGUCACCAGAACAACUACAGCUUAUUGAAUUUGUUCUGGUGAGUAGAAUCAUUACCUUCAGGCUUUUUGCUGUAAACACUGUUUUCAGAGAAAAUGCAGUGUUUACAUUACUUCCUAGUAAUGUAUAACUUCACUGGUCACUCCUCAGGUGGCUGUUAGAGAUCCUUCCUGGGUCAUGGCUGCCUAAAAUGUAUCCAGACAUUCAGUAUCUCCUCCCUCUGCAUGCAGACACUGAACUUUCCUCAUAGAGAUUCAUUGAUUCAAUUCAUCUCUAUGAGGAGAUGCUGAUUGGCCAGGGCUGUGUUUGAAUCAUGCUGGCUCUGCCCCUGAUCUGCCUUAGUCAGUCUCAGCCAAUCCUAUGGGGAAGUACUGUGAUUGGAUCAGGCCACCACUUCUGAUGAUGUCAGAAGACUGUGUUUGUUUGUUUUUCUGAGGCAAACAGCAUGCAGAGUUACAGCUUGAAUACAGUAAGAUGUUGCUAUAUUUAUGGAGGCAUGAGGGGCCCAGGGGGGCUAGAUGUUGGUUUUAACACUAUAGGGUCAGGAAUACAUGUUUGUAUUCCUGACCCUAUAGUGAUCCUUUAAGUGAACUUAUUCCUUCCAAUAAAUUCAUAUCUAUUCUAUCAAUCUCAUGGCAAUUAGAUCAAAUAACAAGACAACCAAAUUCAGGUCUGGUUCACCUGCCUCAUGAUUAUCUGGGCAUUCUAGAUGCUUUAAUAUAGCAUAUUGCCACACGUUACAAUGAUUCCCACAGUCAUGAAGAAAAUUAAACCGGAAAAGACAUCGGUAUUGAUCCCCUUUUGGCCAAGAAAACUCUGGUUUUCCUCUCUCUCAUGUGAAGAGUUUGUUACUGGACCCGUCCCUCUUUCUCUAGAUCGCAUGGAACAAGGAGUCUCAAUCAAAGAGUUGAAGAUGAUCCAGUUCACAAGCUUGGCUUCGGAACAAGAUAUCCCGUCUGCCAGAGGCAUAGUUAAAUUAUUUAUUUAAAUUUUGCUACAAGCUAAAAAAAGUUCUAGGAAGGUUUUGCAUUAUGCAAAGCUAAUCCCCUUUUUGCACGCAUUACUUCUAUUUUGCAGUUUCUGAUUUCUUGCUUCAAGAAGCUUCUCAGCCCACGUUCCAUUACAGGACAGAUCUCUGCAUUUGAUUCAUUAUACUGUUAUCCCCCCUAAAAUAAGACAUUUUCCGGCUAGUGCUUAUAUCACAAGCAUCCACCGGGGGAUAAGUGCUAGUUGCUAGUUGCAAGUUCGCUAAUCUAUGUUCAGGUAAAUGUGUGAGGUUCCAUUCGCUAGUAAGCUAAUCUAUGUUCAGGGAAGUUUCCCCCAAACAUAGACUGGCUUUCUAGCACAUCCUGCUAUUGUUUUUCCCAGAUAUGAAACCUCCUCCGAAAAUAAGCCCUAGUGCGUUUGGGAUGGGGAGGGGGGAAUUUUAUAUAACCCGGUCUUAUUUUUGGGAAAACAUGGUAACUAUAUAAUAUUGUUGACAAUAUUUAUAUUAGAAAAUGUAUUAGUCAUUUCAAACAUAAAACCCAGAAUAUGGUAACUCUUUAGUCCAUGGGACUUUAACCUUGUUUUAUCAGGUUUAUUUGAACCUCUUGAAGCCAUUUCUUCAAUUGCUAACUGAAAAAGAUGUCUUUCUGCAAAAAAUACUUGUAGAAAUUCGAUUCAAUUGCUAGGUGGCUUAAAAGAACUCUAUAGUCACCAAAACAACUUUAGCUUAAUAAAGCAGUUUUGGUGUAUAGAUCAUGCCCCCACAGUCUCACUGCUCAAUUCUCUGCCAUUUAGGAGUUAAUUCACUUUGUUUAUGCAGCCCUAGCAACACCUCCCUGCAUGUGCUUACACACCCUUACUAAACACUACUAUAAAGAGUCAUCUAAUGUUUAUACUUAAUUGCAAAUGUUGCUUGAUUUAGAAUUUUUCUCCUGCUUUAUGUAAUUAAAGUUCAAUUUACAGAUCCAAAAAGAUUAAAAUCCUAAAAGUAAAUUACAUUUGAUUAUAAUGAAACCAUAUUUGUUUCAUGGAGGCUAUGCCAGUCACAGCCAGGGGAGGUGUGACUAUGGCUGCAUAAACAGAAACAAAAGUGAUUUAAUUCCUAAAUGGCAGUAAAUUGAGAAGUGAAACUUCAGGGGCAUGAUCUAUACACAAAAACUGCUUCAUUGAGCUAAAGGUGUUUUGGGUAUAGCACAUUUUACAGGGCUAAUUUCUACAUCUUGGGCAGCCAGAACUACUUCAACUCCAGAACAAAUGUCUGCUGCUGCUACAUUUAAUUAAUUAUAAAGAUACUCCCCACAUUGAGUUGAUACAAUCCACCAUCUAACAGUGAGAGUGCAGUGCUACAAAAGUGAUAUACAGACACUUACCCCUUCAAACAAAUUCCAGGGGGUGUACCAUAUAGUAAAAAAAAAUACAAUAGGGUAAUAUUGUCUGGUUGGAUGAUCUAAACACCUAUAUGAUGAACUCACAUGGUCUAGAGCCUUUUCAAGAUGUAGCCUCUAAACAGAUAUUCGUGCACUUUUUAGGUGGCAACCAAACCUCUGAAGCUCCAAACUUAGUAAUGUACAUCAGGUAUUCAUAUGCAGAAAACGAAUCAGAUGAAAACAAGUAUCUGGGUGCAGCAUAAUAAGCAUCAUAGGCGCAAUCACUUCAGCUCAUUGACAUGGUCUGGGUGCACUGUCUUUACAAUGUGUUUACAUUGCAGCUCUGUCUGCCUCCAGUGGCUUUGGUCUGGUAUCUGACAGUGGAUUUUUUUCACCCAUAGGACAGCAUUGAUUCAAUGCUUUCCUGUGGGGAGGUCUAAUGGUCAUCAGAGAGCCACUAGAGGGACUUCCUGAAUUGAAAUGGACCUUUGGUCCGGUAUAGGGCGCAGGAUUUCCUCACGCUCUACAUGAGGACUUACAGCAUCAGAUUUUUCCAAUAGGAAAGCAUUGAAUAAUGCUUUCCUAUGGGGAGAGACUAAUGCAAGCAUGGCCACGCAUGCACAUUAGGUCAGCCGGCGGGGGAGGAGCAUGGGCGGAGCCUGACCCAGCCCUGAGGGACAUCGGUGAUGGAUUUAGGAAAGUGAUUGAAGGGGUUUUAAUCCCUUAAGCGCUGCGGGAGGCGCGAGGAAGGGGGCACCUUAGAAAUCUAUAGUGUUUUCCUGGCACUAUAGAAUCCCUUUAACACCACCCUCCUUUAACCGGAUAAAAGGUGCACUGGGAGAGAUAUAUAAAGCAAAUACAUUUCACCUCAAUGUGGAAAGUAUCUUUAUUUAGUAUAUUUUCCUGGUUUGUUUGGAAAGACACUGUGUGUUCACAGCUGCGUGUAUUUAUAAAAUAAAACUUCUAUAUUUUGAGCGCCUGUUCACUCAUAAGUCUGUUUUUUUUGGUUUGUACAUUUAAUUCUUUGCAUACCUUUUCAAAACAUGACCGGUUUGAUGUUGUUGCCUCUGAAGAUGCCAGCUAUAGGAGUAAAGUCCAUAAGGCAGCAGUUUUCUUAUACUUCUUCCAUAUGCUUUUUCAGUUUGUUACAUCACAUUGGUCACACUGCCACAACAUAUGGAAAAACUUAAGAAAAGCCAGACACAUGAAAAUGAUGGCAAUUUAAUUUUAUUACAGGAGACAGUGAAGGAGUUCUCACAUUAUGUACAGUAGUUACAGGAGUUUCGCCUGGUAUUCAAACAACUUUUUUACAUUUUUUUAACACACGUUUCACGAUGGGGGGGUAUUUAUUAGCAAUGCCCAAUAGGGAAUUCUAAGCCUAAAAAGGCAAACUGUGUCAAAGGGUUGGCGUGACACUUUAAAAAACUAGCCUUGUGUUAAUCCUGUUGUUCCUUGAUGAAUGGGACCUUAUGGCAUUGCAAGAUUCACCCAGAUGCUGUGCUUUUUGCGGACUGAACCAACUGUGCAUCUUUUUAAUAUUACCUUACUUUGUUGUUGCAAACCAAACAUUUCUUUGUAGUGAAUAAAACCACUAAUUUCUUUAACUUUAUGCUUUCUUAUUUAGAAAAGAACUCUGGCCUGUUCUGGAUAGGUAUGUGAAAUACAAGAAAGGUCGUGUGACAAUCCCAUGUGUCCCGGACAUCAUUGUUGCUACUGUGCUUCGACUUAUUGGUAAGGUCUUUUACUGAGCAAACUUGAUAUGUGAAUGAGUGAUAACCAUUAAUGCCUGAAGCCUAGGUUAAAUGCUUUGUGGCAGAUUGUAUUUUUUUUGUUUGUUUGUCCUUAAUCCUUCUGAAGUAGUAUUUUAUUUUUUUUAGCUACUUUAUUGGAUAUUUAUAUAAUAUAUAACAUCUAUACAAACAAUACUAUUCAACCAGGUGAAGAUUAUACUCUGCACAGUUCGCAAUACAGCAAAUGCAUUAAUCAUGGUAGAAAAUUCUUAAACUGGCAUCCAAGUUAUACAAUAAAGAUUAUAUAACUAUUUCUGUCCCAGAUAUUUUUAUGUUAUAGAUAUCCUAGAACUUGAAAUAUAAAUUAAUCAAUAUGAAAAAAUCUUCUCCAGCAUUCGUUCAUCCAUACUUUCAUUCAUACAUUGUUCAAAACAUAUUGAACCUAAAACUUUGGAGAUUCAGAAACACUUUAUAUUAUGUAUUGAGUGACAUGGGCAAAGCUAUCUGAUGCAACAAUUUGACAUAUCGUCCAUCCCCAGCCUCAAAUCCGUAAAAGGGUCAAAAGCCUGUUGCGGCGAGCAUCAAUCCCAUUAGGGCUUAAAGGACCACUAUAGUGCCAGGAAAACAUACUCGUUUUCCUGGCACUAUAGUGCCCUGAGGGUGCCAACACCCUCAGGGACCCCCUCCCGCCCGGCUCUGGAAGGGGGAAAGGGGUUUAAACUUACCUUUUUCCAGCGCUGGGCAGAGAGCUCUCUGCCUCCUCUCCUCCUCCGUUACGCCCCGCCGGCUGAAUGCGCACGCGCGGCAAGAGCUGCGCGCGCAUUCAGCCGGUCUCAUAGGAAAGCAUUUACAAUGCUUUCCUAUGGACGCUGGCGUGCUCUCACCGUGAAAAUCACAGUGAGAAGCACGCAAGCGCCUCUAGUGGCUGUCAAUGAGACAGCCACUAGAGGGAAUAGGGGGAAGGCUUAACCCAUUAAUAAACAUAGCAGUUUCUCUGAAACUGCUAUGUUUAUUAAAAAAUGGGUUAACCCUAGAAGGAUCAGGCACCCAGACAACUUCAUUAAGCUGAAGUGGUCUGGGUGCCUAGAGUGGUCCUUUAAUUAUCGGCAACGAUUUUAAACCAUGGUGUCCAAAUUUUAUGAUACAAGGUUAUUUUUUGCGUAAAAAUAGUAUUCCAUUUUUUCUUGAGAUAUAUAUAUAUAUAUAUUUUUUAUUAUUCUUUAUUUUUGUAGUGCAUGCAAUAAACAUGCAGUCCUGCAAAGCCCCAACAGCAAGAAUUAACAUUGCACAAGACAAUACAGUUCUAAGGCAUGUGAGAAAAACUGCACAAUUUUAGAUAAUAUAUUCAGGCUAGUCUGACCUGCCUAGACUUAAAGGGGCAUUAUAGUCACCCAACCCACUUCAACUCAAUGAAGUGGUCUGGGUGCCGGGUCCCUCAGGUUUUAACCCUUCACAUGUAAACAUAGCAGUUUCAGCGAAACUGCCAUGUUUACAUAGCAGGGUUAAUCCAACCUCUAGUGGCUGUCUUCCUGACAGCAGCUAGAGGCGCAUCAGCGAUGCUGGAUGCAAAAUUUGCAUCCAACGUGCAGAACGUCCAUAGAAAAGCAUUGAGAAAUACUUUACUAUGGACUGUUUGAAUGCGCGCACGACAUUUGCCGCGGAUGCACAUUCUGCUCCACUCGGGAGCUGACGUCUGCAAGGGAGGAGAGGUCACCAGCGCCGAGGGAGCCCGGUGCCGGCUUAAGGUAAGUAUCUGGAGGGGGGACCCUGAGGGUGGGGGCACCCUUAGGGCACUAUAGUGUCAGGAAAACGGGUUUGUUUUCCUGACACUAUAGUGAUCCUUUAAUUUAGAAUCUAAGCUGAUCAGCUAUGAAGGCUUUCUAGACGAGUGAUAACUGUUUUAAUAAGAAGGAAAAUGUAGGAUUAUCAGAAUGCCCUCUUGAUACGACUAUAUAAAGAAUAGCACAGUGCUUUGCAGAGUCACUGCGAGGAAGUAUCGUAGCGUGAGACGGGUUCGGCCGCCUCCCCCGCCUGGCGCUUUCACCAGGCCACACCGUGCCCAAUCCGAGAAACCAGAGGCUGACACUGGGUGGCACCGGGUCAGGAAUUCACACUCUGAAUCAGGAGCAGAUAAGUCACAAAUAGGGUCAAUUAUAAACUCAGAGCAAUUAGUUUGCUUAAAAGUGUACAAGAUGAGGAGCUCUCUGAAGAUGCAUCUAGCUGCCAUGAGGCCCUGUACACUUGGACUUGGUUAUUAAUUAAGCUAUUUGAAGAGCUUACUAGGGCCCAAAAUAAACUUGUGUCUAAGGUAGCCCUUUCCACCAGCCGAGCAAUUGCUGAAUUUUGUGGGUCCCUCUUAUUCUCACUGCAGUGGAGAUGGAUAGAGUCACGGCAUUGGUUCCUGAGUGUUAUAAAUAUGUUCAUAAAAUCUGGGGACCAUGGUUACAAAAAUCCAUUUCACACCACCCAGGCAUCUUUUCCAACAUUUCUGCCUUAGCUGUGAAUUUCACUUUGUGGGCGCUAGUCUUUCUUUUAAUUUUUAUCUUUUUCCUUUCCUUUUCAAGAGUUUACCUAGGACUUUGCUUUCCUCUCUUCCUUCUCUUGCUUUCCUCUGUUCUUUCUCUCUUGUUAUCUAUCCUUCCAAUUGUUCUUUUGCAAAUCUAACUUUUUUUUUUUUGUUUUUAGCAAAAUGAACCCUAUUAUUUUCACUUCUCAUAUUGGAGCAUUGUUUUUCCCUCCCCCCCUCCCCCCUUUUCUUAUUUGUAUUUAUUUUGAGUUGUGUAGCAUUACUGGUUUAUCUUCCUCGAUUUCACUGAUUUACUCUGUAAACUGAUUACUAAUCGGAUCGUUGUACACUCAAUGGAUUAUUUCGUCCAUAUUUGUAAUAUCUCCAGCUGUGUUUGCAUCUCAGUAUACUUAGGAUAGUUUCCUAGGCUUCUAAAAAUGUAUAUUAACCCACAUGUCUGACUUACGAGCCACUUUUCUUCAGUGAUUGUAUUUUACCCCUUUUUUUUAGUUUGUACUACUACUGGUCUCGUUUUGUUUUUUGUUGUGGGUAAUGUUUCUGUCCAUGUCACUUUGUUUUGUCGGGAGUAAAAAUCAAACAGAUUAUUAAAAACCAAGACUGAAUCUUGUGUGCCAGAUGAACGAGGCAAUGUUUCUGUAUGCACUCUCUAUGUAUAAUGCACAUUUUAUACUAUGUGUUGACAAGGCACCUUAUGUCCCCCUCCACUCCCUUUUCCUUUCUGUACACCUGAUUAUUUUACAAAAUCAAUAAACCUCUUAAUGGGGAAAAAAAUAAAACAAAUCUAAGACUAACACUUUGACUGUGAAGGGUGAAUCCAAGCACCAUGAUAACUUUAGUGAUUUGAAAUGGUCAAUGUACAUGGAGUCUGAUUCUGUGUGGCAAUUCAGAUUGAAAUGCUGCUCAUACAUCACAAAAGCCUUUUGUUGAGUGCAUCCAAGUUCUCCUACAUCGAGAGGAGUGUGGAGGGUCCAUGGCACAACAAUCAGGAGUGGAUUUUAACUCGCUAUGGGGAAGUGUAACAUUUUAAUACAAAACAUGCUUUGUGUUCAUUCAUUUUUUGUUUUUAUUUAAAGUAAAAGUAAUUUUCUCUUCCAUAUGUUAACUGGUAUAAUGCAUGUAUAGAAAUUCUUUGUUGUAUAUUUGGAGCUUUGUCUAACAAUACUUUACGUAUAUAUUAUGUUUAUAUUUUGUCAUGUAAUUUGCUUUCUUUAUAGUAAACUGUGAUAUCUGUAUUACAGGCCGUUUGUGUCAAAUUGGCUUGAAAGAAGGGCAUGUCACGACUGUGAAAAACAUUGCUUCUGUUAUCAUCGCCUUUAUUCAACAUGCAAAAGAAGAAGGUAAUAUUCGUGUUUAAAAUAUUAAAAUUUACCCGUAUGUUCUUUAUUAUAACACACCAGAAAUAAACGAAGUAUGAACAAAAACCUAAUUAGGAUUACCACUGCACCGCUGAUUGGUUAAGGAUAGCAGAUAUUCGUAAAUGUCUAAAUGUGUUUAAGUUCACUAUACUGUGUUUUCCGUGAAAAUGGGGCUUCAUCUUGCCAUAUUAUUCAUCAGUUUUGCCACUGUAUCUUAGGAAUCAUCAAGCUGUAAAAAAAGAGCCCCCAAAAGUGAAUCACCGCUUCCUGCAAAGACAUAAUUUUCAAACUGUAUAUCCAUUCAUCACAGUGCUUUCCCAUAGGAUUCUGAUGAUCUCAGCCAAGGAGGGCAGCGCCAAACACAAACCUGACCAAUCAACAUCUCCUUAUAGAGAUGCAUUGAAUCAGACUGAGUGGGUCAGUCAGGGCAGUAGAAGCUGGUUUUAGUCCUUAUGCCCCCCUGAUAACAGGCCUUGCAUCUCUUCUGUAGGGCUUUUUUUAUGGGGGUUGGCAGAAUUGCAAAGCAGAAAUGAGCUGCCCCAAUUCUUCUGACAGAGACCCCAGCACAUGGCUGCAAUAGUAGUCUAUGGAGCUGCCAGCACGGGGACUGUCUGAGCUGUCAGGCAGUCCCCCAGGCUGCUAAAAAGUGAAAAAAAAUUAAAUAUAUGUAUAAUAUAUUCUAAAAUAAUUAAAGCAUUUUACAAUAUAUAUAAUACAUAUUUCACUCCACCCAUAUAUUAUAAGUUUUAUACACUAUAUAUACUCUAUAUAUGUAUAAUAUAUUCUAAAAUGCUUUAAAGUGAUGCUAUAGUCACCUGAACAACUUCAGCUUAAUGAGGUUGUUCAGGUGAGAACUAUAGCUCCCUGCAGCCUUUCUCAUGUAAACACUGUAUUUUCUGAGAAAAUACAGUGUUUACAUUGAAAGCUGGGAACUCCUCCAGUUGCAGUCACUCAGAGUGAACCAAAGGGACUUCGGAGUUGAUGGAGGCAUAAUAUGCCUCCAUCCACUCAGAUCUGCUGUCAGCAGAGCACAGGGCAGCACUGUGCACAGCAUCCUGUGAUUCAGUAUCUCCUCCCUCUGCAUGCAGACACUGAACUUUCCUCAGAGAUUCAUUGAUUCAAUUCAUCUCUAUGAGGAGAUGCUGAUUGGCCAGGGCUGUGUUUGAAUCAUGCUGGCUCUGCCCCUGAUCUGUCUCUUUGUCAGUCUCAGCCAAUCCUAUGGGGAAGCACUGUGAUUGGAUCAGGUUAACACAUGUCAGCAGACUGAUUGGUUUUCUGAGUCUAACAGAAUGCAGAUUUACAGCUUCUGGCUUGAAUGCAGUAAGAUUUUUACUAUAUUUAUGGAGGCAUGAGGGGCCCAGGGGGACUAGAUGGUGUUGUUAACACUAUAGGGUCAGGAAUACAUGUUUGUGUUCCUGACCCUAUAGUGAUCCUUUAAUUAUAAUAUAUUCUACAUAUAUAGGAAUAAAAGUGUGUGUGUCUAUACACACACACACUCCCUCUACCCCUCCCUCUCCCCCUCCCCUUCCUGGAAAUGAAUUACACUUUGCUCCUCCGCUGGUCAGAGAUGGUCAUGCGUAGGAAACCUCCAUAAGACAAAGUCCCUACUUUGUCUUAUGUUUUAAAGAAAACUAGAGCAGACAGGAAGAAAUGAAGAACAGAUCUUGAGAGAGGGAGAGAAGAGGAAUCGAUUAAAGAAAGGUAAGUUCGGCAUGACAGUGCCACUUUAACUAUUAAAAGUUACACUUUAACAUCGAAGGGACAUUUAUCAUUCGGCACACUUUUCCCCUUAUGUUUCCCUUGAAUAAGAGGGAAACCCACUCUUAAAGGGACACUAUAGUUUCCAGAACAACUACAGUUUGAAUUUGUUCUGGUGAGUAUAAUCAUUGCUUUCAGGCUUUUUGCUGUAAACACUGUCUUUUCAGAGAAAAUGCAGUGUUUACAUUACAGCCUAGUAAUGUAUAACUUCGCUGGCCACUCCUCAGAUGGCUGUUAAAGAUCCUUCCUGGGUCAUGGCUGCCUAAAAUGCAUCCAAACAUUCAGUGUCUCCUCGCAGAGGCAUGCAGACACUGAACUUUCCUCAUAGAGAUUCAUUGAUUCAAUUCAUCUCUAUGAGGAGAUACUGAUUGGCCAGGGCGUGUUUGAUUUGUGUUUGGCUCUGCCCCUGAUCUGCCUCUUUGUCAGUCUCAGCCACUCCUAUGGAGAAGCACUGUGAUUGGAUCAGGCUACCACUUCUAAUGAUGUUAGCAGACUGCUUGCUGGUCUGAGGCAGACAGGGCAGAGCCAGCAGCUUCAGGCUUGAAUACAAGUAAGAUUUUACUAUACUUAGGGAGGCAUGAAGGGCCCAGGUGGACUAGAUGGUGGUUUUAACACUAUAGGGUCAUGAAUACAGGUUUGUGUUCCUUUUAGGAUAUUUCACCCUAUUCCUUUCUUUCUCCUGUUUUUUCUUUGUUUCUAGUAGAUUUUUGGUUAAUCCACUAGGGUUUAACCCCCACCCAGGAGAAACCUAUCUGGUAUAUUACACAUUACACGCACACACAUUCUACAUAUAUAUUUAACUAUUAAUUACAUAAUUAUUUGAGGACCUGCCAGACAGUCCAGAGAAUUUAAUUGGCAAGCUCUAUAUUUAACCCCGUAAAACACCAUAAAACUUUAACAUAGGGGUUAUUGUUAUACUCUGGAGACUUUACUGAACACGAAUAUGAGUAUAUGAAUAUAAAAAUAUCUUAUCACGAUAUCACAUCACCAGUAAAAGUGCCAUUUGGUAUAAAAAAAAAAUGCCAAAAAACAAAUAACUCUAACUUUGGUUAGCGUUUGUGAGUGCAUACUACAAAAGACUGGAAAUACCCCAUUUUGAAUACCCUGGGUUGUCUACAUUUGAAAAUGGUAUGCCAUGAUGAGAUUAGUUCACAUUCCUGGACUACCAUAUGGUCUCAAAAAAAUAGACCCAGAGAACGAAUCUGGCAAACUGAAUUGGGCCUAUUUUGACCGUGUAACUUUCCAAAACACCAUAAAAACCUCUACAUGGGAGGUAUUGUUAAACAAAUAUGAGUGUUUAAAACAGUAAAACGUAUCAUGACUAUUAAGUCACCAGUAGAAGUUCAGUUUUUGUGUAAAAAUAAAAAAAUGCAAAAAAACAAAUAUGAAUGCUAAGUGACUACUACAAAAGACUGGACAUAUCAGAUUUUGAUUACCCUAGGUUGUCUACUUUUUCAAAUGGUAUGUCAUGGUGGAGUUAAUUUACAUUUCUGGGCUGCCAUACUGUCUCAUAGGCAACAUAGUCCAUCUGGCAAAUGGCAAUUUACAAAAACAGAAAUUGGCAAAUCUUAUGUUUGACCUUGUAACUUUCCAAAUCACAAUAAAACCUUUAUUUGAGGGGUACUGUUGUACUCGUAAGACAUUACUCUACGUAAAUGAGUGUUUUAGAGCGGUAAAAUGUAUUAUACUGAUAUCAUCGGUGAAAUUGCAGUUUGUGUGAAAAAUGCAAAAAAAAUAAAUAAAUCUAUAAACGUACUUAUUUUGGCCAGGGUUUGUGACUAAUAAAGGCUGGACAUACCCCAUUUUGAAUACCCUGGGUUGUCUACAUUUAAAAAUAUGCCAUGAUGGGGUUAAUUUUCAUUCCUGGGCUACCAUAUGGUUUCAAAGGCAACAUAGGCCGAGCAAAUCAAUCUGGCAAAUUUUAAUGUGCAAAAAUGGAAAAGUGGAAAUCCCUACAUUUGACCCCUGUAAGUUUGCAGAAACUCCUAAAACCUGUACAUUGGGGGCACUGUUGUACUCGAGAGAUGUUGCUGAACACAUAUUGGGGUGUUCUUUGUCAGUAACACAUAACAGGAACUAAGAAUCCAUGCAAAUGACUACCCAAAAGUUUGACAAUGACUGGUGGUAGAAUUAGUGCAUGGAAAGUGUUAAAAUACCACCAUUUGAAAUACUCUAGGGCAGGGGUAGGCAACCUUACAUUAGUACUGUGACAAAAUAAAAUGUUGGUGUGCCGGUCCUAUUUUUUUAAAAUUGAGUUAUGUAUGUUGCACUUGUCUUAUUUAUGGGUGUUGCAGUUGUUUUGUAGCGCUGUAUCUGUGUGUAUGUGGGCUGCUAUAUUGUAUAUAAUCAUAGCUUGUGGUAUUGUGUACGAUACUUAUGUGGCCUGUGUAUGGUGGCUGUUUAUUGAAUUGUGGGUGUGGAUAUGUCAUAUUGUGUUUGGUGUGGGUGUGUGGGGCUGUUUGUGGUAUUCCAUGUGAGGCUUUUUGUGGGGUUGUGUGCGUGUAUGUGGAUUGUCAGUGGUGUUGUUUGUAUGUGGGCUGUUUGUAUUAUUUGUAUGACUUGGAGGCUUCUUCUGCAGCUCUGUGUAUAUCUUGCAGUGUGGGUGGCUUCCCGAGGGUCUCGUGAGAACUGGGCUGGCCAUGUACAGGUCAAGGGCAGAAGCUCCGAUUGCUGUUGUGGACUGCUCUACUCCAGUGUGGAUUUCUGUUCAUAAGUGCUGUAAUCUAUAAAUUGAGAAUUGUCCUUCAUCACCUUUUUGCACUAGCAGAAAUCUGAAGAUCCACUGUGACUCCUGAUAGGCCACACCUGUUUUGGCUCUAGCAGCCUUGAGUGCUGUGCAAAAGCACCUAGAGUGCCAUUGGCUGCCUACCCCUGCCCUAGGGUAUCUAAUUUUCAAAAAUAUAUGGUUUGAUGGGGGUAAACUACAUUUGCCGCUUCCAAAAUGUCCCAAAUAGGACAUGGGUGCAUGAUGACGUCUGUAAAAAUUUGUUGUAAAACUGGAAUGCGCACCCUCCAAAUAAGGUAUUUUAGCCCCCAGAGAACCCAACACACCUAUACAUGGGGGUAUCACUGUACUCAGGAGAUGUUGCUGAACACAUGUUGGGGUGUUCUUUGGCAGUAACCCUUAAAGAUUUCCGUACAUGUAUUCUUAAAUUGCUAUUUGUGUCAAAAAAAUCACCAUUUUUUAAAUUAAUUUGGCAUAGAUUGGUGGUAAAAUAGUUGCAUGAAAAGAGUCAAAAUACUCCAAGUGUAAUACCUUAGGUUGUCUUCUUUUAAAAAUAUAUACAUGUGAAGGGUUAUUCAGGGGUUCCUGACUAAUAUCAGUGCUACUUGUACUUAUUGCCCUAUAACGUUCCAAAAAAAGCUAAAAACAUGUUAACAUUGGGUAUUUAUAAACUCAGGACGAGAUUUAGAAACUUUGUAUCAUGGGUGUUUUUUGGCGGUUGUAGAUGCCUAACAGAUUUUGGAUGUCAAAGUUAGAAAAGGUGUUUGUUUGUUAAAUUUUUUCAUCAUAUUUUAUAAAAAGUCUAUAGUAAGUUAUAUAAUAUGAUGAAAAUGGUGGUAUCUUUAGAAAGACCAUUUAAUGGCAAGAAAAACUGUAUAGCAUAUGUGUGGAUACAGUAAAUUAGGAAGAGGAACAUUUACCACUAAACACAAAUUACAGCCCUGGUCCUUAACGGUAAGAAAAUUGAAAAACGGUCUGGUCACUAAGAGGUAGAAUUCACUGUACUGUCUUCUGUGAAAACGGGGCUUCAUUUUGCCAUAUUAUUCACCUGUUUUGCCACUGUAUCUUAGGAAUCUUCAAGCUGUAAAAUAUAAAAAACAAAAACAAACGUGAAACACCGUUCACUGCAAAUACAUCAUUUUCAAAAUGUAUAUCCAUCAUGCAUCACAGAGCUUUCCCAUAGGAUUCUUAUGAUCUCAGCCAAGGAGGGCAGCGCCAAAAGCAAACCUAGCCAAUCAGCAUCUCCUUAUAGAGAUGCAUUGAAUCAGGCUGACAGGCCUUCAGGGCAGUAUAAGCUGGUUUCUGUCCUUAUGCCCCCCUGAUAACAGUCCCUGCAUCUCCUCGGUGGGGCUUUUUUUUUUUCUGGGGCUUUGCAGAAUUGUGUAGCAUGAAAUGAGCUGCCCCAAUUCUUUCCCUUGCGAAAUCUACUGAUGGACCCCCAUUUUAGCUCUCUGUUCACAAUCCUGAAAUCACCUGAAGCUGCUAAGUUAGGAAUGUAUAUUUCAGUUCAGCAUUUGCCUUAUGGUAUAGAAUAUAGGUAUUUUGGGUUGCCCUCUGCAUUAAAUAAAUGCCCACUUUUUUAAUAUCAUGCCAUGUUUUCCUCAUGAUCAGGUACGGCAUCAUUAACUGAUCUGACCGGUCUGCUCCCCCCAAUUUGCCUUUUACACGGUUUAGUACAGGCUGGUACUUGCCUGGUCUCCCCUCUGCCGUGGACUGUGACUUUGCUGUUCAUGUAUCUUGGUCAGCAUGUACACCUCCUUGUUGUCAAACUUCACUGCCACCAAUUCUUCUGGCAUAGAGCAACUAAUUUGCCCCAUUUCAGUCUCUUUUGUGCUACUCCUUAUGGGAAGCAAAUAUGUGUUUUUCCUAAUGUGCCACAGUUUCAAAACCGUGAAGUACUUUUAAUAGUGGGAUACUAUUAUAGAAAUUAUUGUUGUACAGGUGAUAUCCCUUGUUUAAAAUGGGGUUCAAAAGGUCCCAUACAAUUUUUCCACUUGUCCCUAUAAUUUAUGGGCAACCUGGGGGAAUCGUAGUGGCUGUCCUUUUCCUUAUAUACACGAAAGCGAUUUAUGUAUCCACUACCAGUUUUGCAGAAUUUAUACAGCUUAUAUACAUAUUUACAUAUAUCACCCUUUGGUGUUUAUAAUAUGUUCUCUGACUUACGUUGCAUCUAAAGUAUUGGUUUGUUUUUAUUUUAGAUAUACCCUGGGGUGUUCAGUUGGCUUCUGUGUACAUGCUUUGUGAUGUCGCCCCAAGUGACCCAGCUGUCAUAUACAAGACACUACAAUCAUGGAGAGAGACCACCACCAAUGACAUGCCGCCUGCCAUCACAAAGAGCCUAGCACAGGUUGCAUCUCUGUGCAAAUAAAAGGAAUCUUUAUUUUCGUAUUGUUCACCAAAGUGCAAAUGGUACCUAAUAUGCAGGUUCUGUUGUACAAAUGGAUAUAAGUGCCUUUAUUGCUUGUUUUGUUUUUGGAUGAGGGGGGGUUGUGGGUUUUUUUUUUGUUUGGUUUUGUUUUUUAUGUUUGCACCUUUUUGCAGUAUAAGGAAAAGAGCCAUUAACUGGUUAUACAAUUUUACUACUUUAGCACACACUUCAGGGCUACAUUGUAAAUGUGUAAAUUGUAAUAUGUCUUGUAAAUGUUUUGUAGAAUAAUUUGUGUUAAAAUGCUUUCCUAAGAGUUCCUUACCAGAAGCAGGUAGGUUCUUGUGUUGAAAAGGGAAUCCAUAGAAGGUUGAUUUUGACAUCUGUUAUUAACAACAUGAUCUUUCAGUUUACUUCUAAUAGAAUGUCUGUAGAUUAUGGUUGUUGAACACUCCUGAUAGACACUAUAUAUUUUUCUGUGUAUUUUUAUUUCUUCCUUACAUUGGGCAUAUGCUUGUUUAGUGACUUCAUAAUCCCCUUUUGACUGGCAAGCAGUUUCAGAAGAAAAGGACUAACAAAGUCUGAUUCUGCAAUUGGGGACAAUUAAUUGAAUAUUCUUUGAUCCUGAUUUAGUUAGAGGCCUUAUCUGAUGAUGUAUUUUCCCUUGGUGCAAGCGUUUUCUAAAUGUAAAUACAGAACAAAGAUUGUUAUUCUACAAAACUUUUUUUGAUUAAGCUAGAGCUGAGAGAACAAAAAAUGAAAGUUCUGUAUAAGAGUUUAACCAUAACACACGAGCCUUGUAGAGACGUACAACCAAAAGGGAUAGGAACAAAGCCGCUAAUAAAUGCAACUUAUCAUUUACUCAAAUAUUAAAAGCCGAUCAGAGCACCCCCAACCCAUUCUCUCCCUGUAAUUAAAGUACAAUCCGUACAAAUAUAUUUUUAUUUUAUUUUUUCUGGAAAUUUUUACAAAUUACUUUGCUAACAAAAUAUUUUUGAUUUGUAUUUUGAUUAUAACCUAGGCAACUCACAGAUAUGCUCUUGAUUGUUUGAAUUAAUUUUAAGUUGCAUUCAUUAACUGCUUGUCUUACUUCUUUUGGCUAUUUCUUAUAACAAUGGUAUAUAAUCAUUCAGCUGUUGCAUGUGAAGGCACCCAAAUACCAAUUCCUUCGUUUAAAUCUGACUCAUAUUUAGUUUUUUGUUGGGUGACAGUCAUUUGUCCAUAAUCCUUCAAAUGCUGUUCUUCCUACUCUCAAGUAUGGGGAAGAAAACACAUUCUCAACUGCAAAAAUCUUAAAAUAUGAUUUAAUGCAACCAUUUGUAUAUCGCUUGAGCAGUUUCAGCUAGAAUAUGGUAAAUAUAUAAAACACUGUCUUGCAUCUUUCAUCUUUAGCUGGUCAUCAUUGCGAAGGGAAUACUACGAAAGGGCAAAUAGACAAAGGCAUAUGUUUUCUAAGGUUAGUGGAGUAAGUGGGACAAUGGCAGAUAAAUAGCAGCUUCCAAAUAAUUUUACAGAUACAAAUAUUUUGUUUAUUCUUUAUCACAGUUUCCUGAUAAAGAAACAAUGUAACUUUGACUACCCUAAGCAGAUUUCAUUACUGGAGGUAUUAUGUCAAUUACAUCAAUGUAGUACUUAAUAUAUAUAUAUAAAAGCAGUUUAGCUUUGUUAUCUAAACAAUCAAGAUUCUGUACUGUUUUGGAUUUAGGUUAAAUGCUGUUUACGAGCACUAAAACUCUACACCUAGUUUAAAUAUUUUUGAAAAAAAAUACAUUAUUCUAGAAGCUCUAUAACAUGAACCCAAUGUGUGCAGUUUGGGACUGGAAAAAAAAGGAAAGUGGAACAAAUUAACUGAAAAGCCGAGCUCACAAUUUCAGUGCACAUAUAUCAACCAACAUUUUCUGAUGUAGAUUGCAUUUUAAUAUAUAAAUGUAGAAUAAUAUAUUAAUUAUUUUGUUCUGUUUUAUCAUGUCAAAACUGUUAAUUUUAAAGCCUUCAGUUAAAGACUUAAGCUCAUAUAUUAAAAUAUUCCAUAAUACUAACCAUUUUGUUUUACACAAUCCAGCAUUGUGUUUAAAGUCCUGCUGGUGUAUGUUUAAAAAUAAACAUGUAACCGCUAAAAUAUCUUUAUUUUUCAUUAUUACGAACUUUUCCUUUUCUUGGUUACUGCUGCUCGUGUAAAUGGGAAUUAUCUCUUUGUACAGUUUUUAAGAAAAAGAAAAUGAAAAACAGAAAAAUAUUCAUAGAUGACUGGGGAAUCCCUAUGAAUGAAUGUAUUUAUAGUAUAGGUCUAUAAUGUGAUUCACAUUUUAUGUUAUUCCACUUUGGGAAUUUUAGUUUCUGUACAUAGAGACUAAUGUGUAACUACUUGCUUUUGAUUUGUUUGGUAUGCAUCUGAGAUGCUUUGUAAUAAAACUGAAACCUGACCAAAAGUGGUGUCUUA